AUGACAUCUGCCUCAGUGUUAUCAUCAGAUCAUACAAACAGCAAGUCGAGGGGUCUGUUGGAUGCAGCAGUGAAUUCAAAUGAGGUAAGGCAAAAUACAGCCGCUGUACCUUCAUCGUCUUCUCUGUCGAUGUCAUCCUCAAAAGAUUUUCAUUCAAGUACUUUGGCCAUAAGUAGUUCGCCAUUUGAGGUACUGAGCGCUGGCAUGGCAAACAAGCAAACUAUAGCCCCCUUAACGUUGGUCUCGUCUGUGCUGGUGUCGUCAUCAGUUCUUGUGUCAACAUCAGUUUUUCCUUCAAGCGCUCUAUCCAGAAGUUACUCAUCAUCUGUCGCAACAAUGAGCUCGAAUCUGAUCACAGAACAAGGUACAUCCGCACUGCCCUCGGUGUCUUCCUUAAUUGUGUUAUCGUCAGCUAUUUCUCUGAGCAGUUUGCCACGAGGUCAUUUGUCAUCUGUUGUAAUGAACACUACUUUGGCAAUAGAUAAAAGUACGCCUGAAACACCUUCAGCAUCUUCUAUGCUGCUUGCAUCUUCAACAGUGGUUUCGCAACAGUCAGGUACGUUAUUUUCAGAUGAUCUCAUUGAGAUACAACGAACAUUACUGUCGAACCUUCACGUGAAACCAUCUCGACAUCCUCCUCUAACCGACCAUGUAUCCAAACUACCAAAAGUUUCCCAGUCAGAGCCCUAUAAUUGGAACCUCUCUAAAACGACCACCUCCUAUAAGCGACCGCGACCACCUUUUGAUUUUAAUAUAAUAGUUUUCCGUUGUUUUUGAACCCCUUGUAAGCGACCACUAGACGCUCGACCACUCUAUGUUCGCUGUACGUACCACUCCACUCAGAUUAUAUGAAGAAAUUUAAUUUUAACAACAUGGAAUAACAAGUAUUCGAACUUGCGAAUUCCAGGCAAUUAACUCGCUGCUCUGCCAAAAAGGAAGAUGUGAAAACCACAGAGUCGUGGUGUCUGAGGAGAAUUAGCAGAAUUUUCGGGCAUCAAAAGGGCAGCAAAAUUUAAUAAACAGCUCAUGAAUAAAUGCGCGGGAAACUUGUUUAAUUUAUGCUAACCAUGUUCAGGCAAGUACUAGUAAUGACGUCACAACACCAUAAGGUCCAUUUGACAGUUUUUUAGCAAGCCCAUAUUGUCAGAAGAGAUCCCUUGUGGUUUAUUGCUCGUUUACUGGAGGUUAACAGCGCCUUAAACAGGCGGAGUAACAAUCCGUGCUCAAUUUCUUUCUACAAGAAGAUAGUCUGCACCUAGACAUGAUAAUUUGGCUUAGUAUUACAACAAAUUAAGCUGCUUUUCGUUGAACUGAUUUGGCUAAUUUCUUCUGGUGUUAUUUCUUCAGGCAGCCGAACCAGAUUUUUACGCCAUCUGACUCUGAAAGAAUACAAUGCUCGAUAGCAAGGAGGGUUCUCAAAGCGUUUUGUGGAAAAAUUGAGAGAAUUGUAAUAAAAAAUUUUAAUUGAAGGAGAAAAUUUCUGGGGACGAGGUCUAGAUGCAAACUUAUGCUUCGUUCACACGGCACCAGACGAAUUGUCGACCAGUUGAACAUUCGAGCGUUUAGGAUAUGAUCUGUUAAGGUGACUCGACCCAGUUUUUUUGGGGGGGUACCAUCCUACUUUGAAGCUCUCUGGUAUCCCCACCUUUACUUUUAUCGUAAGUCUAACACAUAGAGUGGAUUACAUAUAGAUCAAUCUACUAUAACAUAAAAUUUUUGGCGAUCGGAGUAAAUGUCACGUGGUUAUAAUGCCACGCCCCUUUGAGGUCUGAGUCGAAAAUCGGCUGUUGCCGGCAUUUUUUCGUGAAAAUCUCUCGGCUACACGUAGUGCGCAUUAGUGCCUUGCGCUGAACAGAGUUUCACCAAAAUCGCAAAGACCCAAUUCGAGAAAUUCAGCGGUUUCCAAAUUUAGGUCAUAAUUUAUGCGAAAAUGAUAAGCAAACUUUACACGGAUUAUAUAUAAUAAACUAUGAGAUUCAUCUCCUUAUAUUGGGCAUCGUUAUAACAGAUGGGUCCUUGCAAGUCAGCAAAACGCUUUAGGGCCUUGUAAAUACGCGCGAUUUCGAGCAAAGCAAACAUAUAGAAAUUAUAGUUUUCGCUAUUUGUUGACGUUUGUCAGCGUUUGAGAGUCCUUCUCACGAAAAAAGCAUUUUCUUAAAAAUUCGUAGUUUUUUUUCCUUCAAAUUUUUUCAGGGCCACAAUUGAUUAACUAACUACCCGGACUCUGAAUUUCAUGGUCAUUGAAAAACUGUGACAUUAUCUUCUAUAAGCCGAAACUUGAGUAAACAUUGAAGAUUUUUAACGUUUUGGCUGAGUUUGUGCUUUGGGAGUAGUCUAUUGUUUCUAGUCUGUCAUUAUACAGCAUUCUUGUCCAGCACGCGUGCAAUGACCACGCUUGGCUGACUUCCGAAUGCUCACCGAGAUAUUAUAAAUUUGGUACAGUGAGACAGGCCAUCGCGUGAUACAUAGAGGUUUAACUAACAAUUUUUAAUCAAUUCUCGUGCUUCUUGUGUCUUUGCAAAAAAAUCAAGAAGUGCUACACACUAAGCCUACUUACUAUUACAAAAAUAUCAUUUUUUCAUAGGUUUAAUGCAAGCCAAUAAUUAAACCAACUCGUGACGGGAAUAUCUCGGUGAGCAUUCGGAAGUCAGCUAAGCGUGGUCAUUGCACGCGUGCUGAACAAGAAUGCUGUAUAAUGACAGACUAGUAACAAUAGACAACUCCCAAAGCACAAACUCAGCCAAAACGCUAAAAAUCUUCAAUGCUUACUCAAGUUUGAGCUUAUAGAAGAUAAUGUCACAGUUUUUCAAUGACCAUGAAAUUCAGAGUCCGGGUAGUUAGUUAAUCAAUUGUGGCCCUGAAAAAAUUUGAAGGAAAAAAAACUACGAAUUUUUAAGAAAAUGCUUUUUUCGUGAGAAGGACUCUCAAACGCUGACAAACGUCAACAAAUAGCGAAAACUAUAAUUUCUAUAUGUUUCCUUUGCUCAAAAUCGCGCGUAUUUACAAGGCCCUAAAGCGUUUUGCUGACUUGCAAGGACCCAUCUGUUAUAACGAUGCCCAAAAUAAAGGGAUGAAUCUCUUGGUUUAUUAUAUAUAAUCCGUGUAAAGUUUGCUUAUCAUUUUCGCAUAAAUUAUGACCUAAAUUUGGAAACCGCUGAAUUUCUCGAAUUGGGUCUUUGCGAUUUUCAUGAAACUCUGUUCAGCGCAAGGCACUAAUGCGCACUAUGUGUAGCCGAAAGAUUUUCACAAAAAAAUGCCGGCAACAGCCGAUUUUGGACUCAGACCUCAAAAGGACGUGGCAUUAUAACCACGUGACAUUUACUCCGAUUGCCAAAAAUUUUAUGUUAUAUUGCAGAUUGAUCUAUAUGUUAUCCAUUCUAUGUGUUAGACUUACGAUAAAAGUAAAGGUGGGGAUUCCAGAGAGCUUCAAAGUAGGAUGGUACCCCCCCAAAAAAACUGGGACGAGUCACCUUAACUGAACAGCUCAAAAUUUGAUCGCCAAAACCGUCCGAGGUCAAUCUUUAGCCGGUACGGCCCUGUUAGUUAUUUUAAAUUUGCCGCCAAGGCCAUUAAGCCUCACUUCCUAGCAACUUCCGUUUUUUUUCUGGAAUCGGAGUAUUAUAAAAGUUCUGUGGCUUUGUGGGUUCCAUUUUCGCUGAAGAAAGCUCUCCGGCAAGAGCCAAACAUGUACGGCGAACAAUCUAGUUUGCGGUUAACCUUCCUCGUAUAAGAAAAUCGCGAAAGCAACACUAUAGAUACUGGCUUCUUGUUGGGCACUAGAUUAUUCUUUGUGCCAAAUCACAGACAAUUAUUCCAAUAAGUCGUGAAACUGGUUCGUCAAGAGUAGCAUCCCAGCGGUAGUCUCGCCCAUUCUUAAAAACUUUCGACGCCGUUUUUCCUGACUCAACUGAGCGCCCCUGGGUCUCCAAGGAUGCUUGUACCAAAGUAAUAACUAUAAUAUUUUUUACAAACACAUUUCUCAUAUAUAUUAGUUAAAGUUGCGUCGUCUGUGAGUUUUCCUGAUGUAGCUGUUUUUCACAUGGGCUUUCAUAACAAAGAAAGUCAACCUGAACGACAGAACAAAUCUCCAUAUUAAAUAAAGCGCAGACGCUUAAUACCCACUAACAUGUUCGUUUGAGUCACCGAACGGACUCUUAAAAACAUCGUAGGAAGGCAAUCAACUGUUUGUGCUUGUUCACAAUAUAAUCUCGAUAACUGAAAAACGUUAUUCCAGCCACAAACCAAAAAAAGCUUCUGGCGUAUCCCAAAGUUAUUACAGUCCUUCCGUCCCGCAUUUGGUUUUGUUCUUGUUCCUUCCCACGUUAGCUAGCUUCUUUUUUGAAAGUGGUAUAAUUCUAAUUAUCCUCAAUACUUACUCUCCGUCAAUUUAUAUUGCUUGCAGUCUGUCCCAAUAUGGUAACCCUGAAGGAGACAUCAGGAGUUCUUACCAGUCCUUACUAUCCAAGGCGUUACCCUUCUAACGAGAAAUGCAGCUGGAAAAUUACAGCUAAUGAAGGAGAACGCAUUGUGUUGGUCAUUGAAGACCUUUAUAUUCGGUCCUGUGGUUCAUCUUGCACGUGUGAUUACCUUGAAAUACAAAAUGGCUCUUCCUCUGAUGGCAUUUCAGGCAGGCGAAGAUGUAGAUACUAUGAAGACCGUGGGAUAGUAUACCAUUCGGCAAAAGAUAUCCUGAGGUUGACGUUUGUUUCUGAUAGUGGUACUGACCGGUACUACCGUGGAUUUAAGGCAACUUACAUUAAAGUGAAAUAUAUUGCAACAACCACCGGUAAGUUAUUUAGAAAUCGGCUUUAAACAAUAAGUUAAAGGUUUAAGUGCAGGCGAUCAACUUUCAACGAAGUUAUAUGAAAUAUUAUUGCCUUAUAACAGGCUUAUGGUAACUGUAAUAUUCAAUUACUUUACGGAGUAAAACAACCCACAAUAAAAUGCCCAUCAAAUGCCAUUUUCAUUCCCAUGGUGUUAAAAGUGUUUGGUGGAAAAUCUCCUAUUUUUUCAUAAUUAUCUAUUACAAAGCUUUCGAUUUGGUUUUUUGUUUUGCUUUGUCUUUUUUUGGGAUCAGCCAGAUUACUCUUUGAUUUUGCAUUAUAAAGCUAAAUCAUAGUUUGUUUCCUCUUGUUGCAGCUUGUACCUCUGGUAAAUACCUUAAUGGAUUUAGUGGAUUCUUUUCAACUCCAAAUUUUCCAAAUAACUAUCCUCAAUACAGCAUGUGUACCUGGAAUAUCACAGUUCCCAGCGGGUACAUGAUUAAACUCAGCUUCCUCUACUUUCGAUUGGAGCCAUAUCAGUACAGUCCCUGCUAUUAUAGUGCUCCAGGAGCCCGUGUUACAGUUACAAAUGUUACUUCAGAUGAUGGGUAUCAACCGUUCAUGCUGUACGGUCAACAACUUCCAGAUCCAGUGUACUCUGUGGGGAAUUCCGUUCAAGUCAUAUUCACGUCUCUGAGCAGUCAAUACUCAGGGUUUAAUGCAACUUACACGGCUAUCACUUAUAGUUCAGGUACGUGGUAUACAUUAUAAAAACAAAAACAAUUACUUUUUAUGAAGUUAGAUCGAUCUCACACUAUCAGACAAUGUCGGUACUUAACAGGCGACCAAAAGAAUCGACUCCGAAAUUAUUGACGUAUUACUGCUUGAAAAUGUAAAAGAGCAAAAGAGGAAUACGAUUGGAUCGGUAAAACUGAACAAGAUAUUGCAUUCAGGUAUAUUUAAAGAACACGUUAAUUUCAAGUUUGUCGUCUUUACAUCGUACGCAAGUCUGAUGCUCUCGAGAAUCAUCAGUUUCUAAGUGGAGAUGACAACUUUGUUCGCCUACGAGGUCUCUUUUAAGGCUCAGAGUCAACAAAGAAAGAUCAAAUUAUCCAAAAUAACGUGGCUUAAAGCCUUAAAAUAACCAAGAUAUGCCGGAUAACAAACUCGUGCUUGACAAGUAUUGUAGUAUUAUUUAAGACAUGGAUCUUUCUUGGUGGUGCAGAGGAGUAUGGUUGGAAUGGUAUGAUUAGAACUUCAACAACGAGAUUUCUCAAAAUUGAUUUUGAAUUCGCAUCUUUUCGUUUUUUCUUCUUAUUCAUUUGGAAACCAAUCGACAAAUAUAUUCAUACACUACCGUAGCUCCGUCGAAAACUAUACCCGAUUCCAGACCAAAACGGGCAAAGUCUAUAACCGUUUUUGGAUAAAACGGCGCAAAAACCAUACCAAUUUCUUUCUACAAUAAGAUAAUCUGUAUCUAGAAUGAUUUGAAUCAUAACACGCCGUUUCCCCAUUUUUCCUCAGUUCUUCAAUCUGUCUCGCUAACUUUGCUUUACAUAGUGAAGAGCCUCUCUGGGUCAUUGUCAUAUAUUUUUAGAUUUUUAUUGCUUGGAGGUUCUUAACCCUGAGAAGAAAAUUUUGUAUGAAAAAAUGUGUCUAAACUUCUAUGUAAUCUUGUAGUUGAGAAUAAGCAGCAUAAACAGCUGAUCGAUCGCCCAAAGCCUGAUGAUGUACACCUACCUUUCCAACAGUUCCUUCUUAUCGCCCCAUGUAAGGGAAUCCGGAUUCCGGAAUCCAGGAAUUUUUUGCUCGUGGAAUCCGGAAUCCUGGGCCUUGGAAUCCGGAAUCCAGCACUAAGAAUCCGGAAUCCAAGUUACUAAAGAUCCACUCCAGGUCAAAUUGAGCUACUCGCUCGUAAGAAAAACCAUCCGUGGGGGAGAAAUGAAUGCGUGACGAACGAACCCCAAAGGACGUCUGCGGGGAGGCUAGUCUAUGGAAAGCCUCCCGAGGGUAUAGACCUGAACGUGACGACAUAAUAUCGGCAUAUCUGGUGUCAAAAGUCGAGGUCACGGCCACAUGAUUAAAAUUCUACAAUAGCGAGGGAACCCUUGCUUAUGAGCGGCUGGGAGAAUCACAAAAUUGGGGGGAUUUCAAGGGAACACAGCGCAGCCUUUUUAAGGUUUAAAUUGAAUUGUUAUGAAUAACUUCGACCUCUGGCUAUGUUUGAUUCUCUGUUGUUUACUCGCUUCUCUGAACUUUAAAAAAUCAAAAUCGAUUUUAUGCGAGCGUUUUGACCUGGCCUAGGACUGGAAAAGGUGCACCUGGGGUGAACCUUUUCUUGAACCUUCCUGGUCCUCCUGGUUCACAGAUGAAAGUUAACGUCUACGUUCAACAGUUUACCGUUAUUUGAGAAAUAAGCCAGGAACCGUCAGAACCGUACCAAUUAGCUGUCACUAAAGUAAUCACGUGCAAGGACGUGGUGGGUGCCUUUUUCAUUCAUCCCCCGGUAUUCGAUUGAAAUCUCGCCACCUCUUCGAUCAGACCAGUUUGAAGUUUGUUGUUUUUUCUUGGAUUUUUCUUUUCUACUGUUAUUGGAAAGCACAAGCAAAAACAAAAGGCUGAGAGAGAAAGGUACCAGUAAUACUGUGUUGUGAAAUUUUAUACCAAUUUUUAGCUGACUGCGAUAGAUCUAAGCGGCAUGAUUUUUCGUUUGUGUCGAUCUGUGGACUGUACUGAACGUGGCGGCAAGCAAGUCACAAUCAUGAACAAAAGGAACGUUAAGUUUAUAGUUUUAAGCCCGCUAAUUGAUUUUUUCUCAAUCAUAAUUGAAUGUAAUAUAAAUUUUACGUCGUCCUUGGGGAAAAUAUCGUAUGCAUUAUUAAACGCUCAAAACGAGCCAACGUGUCAAAAACGCGCAAGCUUCUCUCGAUCUCUCAGUCAUCUCAGACUCGAUCGAGGAUCAGACGGACUUUUCAUGUUUUCUGGUUCUACAGUUGUGAUUAGGCCUCGUUCACAUUGAGGUCGCUUUUGGAAAUUAGACUGAUCUGAGAUCGGUUUAGCCCGUAUUUUUUUUUCUUUGAAAUGGAUCCUAGAGCCACCUAGAACGCGCUAAUAUGAAAUAAAACUCACCAGGGGAUUUCAUAAUCUCACACUCUGAUCUCUUACUUAUUGAUGAAGCCAAAGGCGAGAUCUGGUCAAAUCCGACUUGGAACCGGGAUUGCCUGUCAGGAAUGUGACAGGCCAUGAAAGAGCGUAUGCUUGAAAUUAAUCCCCGGGGGGUACUCCCAUACAUUACCUAUACGGGUAUGUGCCGCCCAACGGGGUCGUGAUUUUGAAGCUCCUGAUUUAGAACGGGGUAUCCAUUUCAGAGGCGUUUUCUAGAAAGGGGUAUAUUUUUCGAACGCACGAAAGCUCCAGUUUGGUAAGCAGCCAUUUGAAAUUAUUCAAGGAAAGAUUGCUUUUAAAAAUACGGUUCAAUGCGUUAACAAGCUAACUGUUGUACUCUUGUUGCACCCAAGAACGGAGCAAAAUUGGCCCAUUUGUAGAACGGGGUAUCAGUUUUAGGGCGAAUUCUAGAACGGGGUAUAAAAAAAUGGCCCAUUUCUAGAACGGGGUAUCAAUUUAAGGGGAAAUUUUUUUAAGAAAGGGGUGCCAAUUUGGAGUCCCGGGCGGCACAUACCCACCCAAAAAAUACCUUAGUGCCCCCCCCGGGAAUUAAUCCUCAAUUUUUGACGUGUUAAACAACGAAUUUGAUAGAGCCGUAAAGUUUUGUCUGUCAAAACGUGGUUAUGCGUACAUCUUAAGUAUCAACCAACUAAUAUUUGUGUUUUUUAUCUUUUUAACAUCAAAUUCAACGCGACAACUGGGGCCAGAUCUCGCCUUUGGCUUCGUCAACAAGAGAUCUGGGUACGAGAUGAGGGAUUUCAUUGACCUCUAGGGCGAGGGGGGAGGGGGUGGUUUGCUCUCGGAUGUUGUCCAGUAAGGCUGCUUGCGUAGCGUAAGUCAAUAAAGAACAGGGCGUAAUAAGCUAGGGCGUAGAAACGCUCAUACGCGCUCUCUGGUUCAGCUGUGAUGCGGAGUAGGACUGGAACUAGUUCGCUUUCCGCUCUCGAUCCGCUGUCAGGGCAAGAAAAAUGGCGCCGUCUAGCUGGAGGUAGGUUCGGAUUUAUUGCUUUAUAUCUUUAGAUCGCUGCAAUCUAUAAUUAAAUUUGAUAUUUGGCGUAUUUCUACGCGAUAUACAGAAAAUAUUUAGGUGAUAUUUUAUAGUUAGUCUUAUAAGUUAUGGUGUUUUUUCGCCUUUUAUGUUUAUGUACUGUCAAAAUGGCCUAUCGAAUAUUACAGGUUGAAGGUCGCGUUUUACCUUGCCAGUCUAAACCAAAUGAUAAUAAACGGCUACAAGAAAAAUAUGUAAUGGUUUUAUACAUUUUGUUUUAGAGUGAACUUUUAUGAACCUUUAAGAUUUUUUUACUUCUGAAGUGACGACUUCAAAAUGGCGAUAGCAAGGUUUUUGUUUUGUACUUUGGCAUUUAGCUUGUUAGUAAAAUAAAAGAUUUCAGUUUUCCAAUUUAGCGAUUUUUCUUUUUAUAAUAUACAAUAAGAUGGUAAAUAAUUUUUUUUAGUUAAAGAACCGCGAUCUAAGAAGGUUUUGACUAUUUUGAAAGUUCUACUAGAAAAUUGCAUUCGAAUGAUCUCGUGUGACAGUCUUUAAAUGAACAACAACAAAUUCUACUUUACUGCGGUAUAAAUCUAAAGGUUAUAUUGCACAGAAACAGAAUGAAGCCUAUGGAGAAAUUUGCUUUCAAAUCCCCACAAAGAUUCCACUGUAAAAAUUAAAUCAUAGAAUGUGUUUGUUAUUAUGAUUUGUUGCAGGACAACAGUGAGUGCCCGGUCUGAAAAGACUACUAGAACACACACUGAAAGAUAAACGAGUUCAUAAUACCGUGAAUAUGAAGAAGAACAUGAAGAGGUCUUAAUUUGAUUGCAAGUAGAAUAAAUUAAGACUGUGUAGCAUUGUAUUUUUGUCGUCAGAGGCUAAAGUGCUGUGUUGCACAAACUACAGUCAGCUCUCAGAUGGAAACUAUUGGGACUGACAGGUGUAACUCUUAUAGAGAGUAAAAGAAAAUGACUGAAGAAUAGUAGGAACCAACUCGAUUUCCUGGAGGUGCCUUAUCUUUUGAUUGUAGUACUGUAUAUUAUUUCUAGCAUUAUAUCCUCUCUCUUAAUAUCAUACAUUGUAGUUACAAUGAAACUAGGAAAGUAUUUUUUGAAUCAAGUUUGAUUAAGCCUGGCUGCAGUUAAUAAAUUUAACCAAGAAUGAAACUGAAUCAUACUGGACAUGAAGUAUACAAGUGUGCUAGGGUUGCUGGUCAAAAAGUUUGUUUUUCAAUAGUUUAAUAGCUGCUAAAGGCCAUUUGUGUUUCAUUUGUGUAUAAUUCUGUAUAAUUUUCUUGUUUGCAGUAUAUUCAGUUUGAAUUUGUAUGUUAUAUAAAUGUUUUAUGUUGUAUCUGUAAGAUAUAUUGAUAUAGCAAUGUCUGGUUUCAAUGUAAGACUAGUGAAUGUUUAGUUUCUUUUAAGUUCCUUAGUAUGUCUUGCAUGGGUAGUUUUCAGGGACCAUUUCAUUACAAAAAGCUGUUAUUAUCAAACAAAAAUAUUUGCUGGGCUACUUAUUUGUGUUCUUGUGACCUCUUUCUUAUUUUUUCAAGGGCAGUGAAUUAUAUUGUUUUCACAUACUUAUUCUUCAUGCCCAUUGCACAGUAGUAUUAGUGUACAAGAUAAAAAAUAACAAUGAUUUUAUUAUAUUUUAAAUUUACCCGGACUUAAGUUUUCACAAUCUGUCCAACUGUAAUGCUCAAUAUUGCAGAUAGCUCAAUAAGGUGUUUAGAGAAGGAUACUAAUGUACACCUACAAAUCCAAACUAUGAUAAUAGUGAAAACAGAUCAUCUGCCCUUGAAACUGGGCAGCAAAAAAUAAAUGCCAUAGCAGAUGAUGAGUUACACAACUUGAUAUUAAACUGAAGUAGAGAACCGAUAAUAUUAGUCUAAAAAUGAUGUCAGUGCUAUCAUCUGAGUUGUGAUGCCAUUUUCUUACCAAGUCACGCAAUUUUAAUACAGGUCACGGAGGUGGAACUGUAUUCAAUACAGAUAUUUGUUCGCGGGGGAAAAAUUGAAUAAAACAGAAAACGAACGUGAGAAAAAAUAAUUUGUUCAUUCGCUAUUGCUUGCAGCAAAUGAAUGCCCCGGGAUAAUGGCUAACGUCCGCUGGAUAAUUUCUCUGACGAUCCAGUAUAAUGUCCGCCAUCUUGUUUUGUCUCUUUGGCAGUACCCAGACCCUUGCAUCACAGCUAGAUCGCUCGACCCCGCUCGUUUCAACGCCCUAGCUUAUUACGCCCUGAUAAAGAACAAACAAGUUCAGCUCUACAGUUUUGACUGAACGCGGGCAAAUCAGGCUAUCUUUGACUACGUUUUGAGCCGUUUUGUCUAUUAAGCCACUUUUUGAACCCGAUUUAAAUGGUUCAGCAACAACUAGACCAAGUAACUGAUAGUUUUGGGCUUGCAGACUGACAAGAGUUACUGACUUUUGAUCUUUAUUCUGACCAGUCAAAAACGUCGAGACGUGACAUGGUCCGGCCACUGUCCGAAAUUUAUUUUGAGCUAUGUUAUCAUUCUUAGACAAUUAUGUGACACGGUCAACUUUAGUCACUUUAGGGCCGCGCUGACCGGGACACCACUUUUGUCAGCUUGAAGUCCAAUUUAAUCCUCUGUAGUGCUCUUUUUGAUUGUCAAUCUUUUACUGAGUAUAUAUGCUUAUCCCGUCCUAGGAGAAGUGUAUUUUUUUGCUUUUGGCUAAAAUUCGUGUCUUAUGAGUCAUAUGAGAAAGUGUGAAAGCAAUUCAGUUAAGAAGUGAUAUCUAAUGCGCGUGUUCUACAGCUUACUUUGUCUCUAUAAAUGAAAGUUUUAGAAAAGAGCAGUACCCGAAUUUAGCUUUUUGCGCUAUGACAAUGAUUCCAAUAAAAAGUAGAAAAAGAACGAAAAACCUAAAACAUAAUAUUACUUCGAAAUACUGUUUUAAUGUUCCAAAAGAGUUUGUAAACAUGAUUCGACGUAGCCUGUUCCAGCCGUUCGGAUAGGACAAGGAAAACUACGAAUGUAACGACAUACAAACAAAAUGAACCUUCUAUCAUAUUAUUGGUGGAUAGCAAAAGACUUGAUUAACCUUCGCUGGUUUAUGAUAUGGCAUAGAUAGGAAAAAUUGAUUUGCAGUUACACACGAACUUUGUUAGGCCGUUUUCUUGCAAAUUGCCGCUCGAUUUUCCCUGGAAAUGACUGUACCUUUUCCCAAUACUUUAUUAUGUGGCAAUCAAAUGAAUAAACCUGAAUAUUUAGGAGUGAUUUGCAAGAGUUCUUUUGUUUCUGCUAAUUAAGCAUUUUUCUAUGUGCAUACCUGAAAAUAGAGUUCGCAAAAAUAGAGUAAGUGAAAAAUAGAGUCUUGAGGUCAAUCUCACUCUCUGCUAAUCACUAAAUCAGCUCCGAGAUCCGAGAUCCCUAAUCAUAUGGAGAUUUGGACUAGAUUAAUCAAAGGACAAAAUUUAAAAUUACGAUGUGGGUGUUUUGCCACGUUUUUUUGCGGUGAUGCGAUGUUUGUUAUUUUUUUUCCGCGGUGUUGCGAUGUGGACAGUUCCCCAAUGCCCCCCUCAUUAUUAUACCUUAAACCCUUACGGAACAGUAAUACAUUUCUUCUCGUAAUUUUCGGUAAUUUAUAAAUCGAAAAAGAAAACAAACUUGUUAUGCAUUCUAAACAACGUCUUUCAAUAUAGUAAGAUUUGAACACGAAAGCGAACUGCGAAGAAUCGAGAAGAAAAGCAUUAAAACAGAAAAAAUUUGGAAUCCAGCCCUUUUUGGAAUCCGGAAUCCACUGAGCUGGAAUCCAGAAUCCAGUACUCGGAAUCCGGAAUCCACAGGGUGGAAUCCAGAAUCCAAGACUGUCAUGGAUUCCCUUACAUGGGGCGAUUCUUAUUACCAUUUUGAUUUAUACGGCGGCAUUUUAACCAAAACUUUAGUUGAGCAACGGUCAAUUUUUCUGUAUCUCUUCUUCACUGAAGCCAGCAAGAGGAAUGUUCCCACAAGUAAGUCCGCCAUGUUAGUUAUUAGGUAGCUUACGAUCCGAUGACGCGAUGACAACGAGGACGUCGUCAAAAAAGCAAAAGGUUUACAAGGCAAAACAACAACUUUGCACGUGCAUCACACUUUUUCCUACAUUUCUUUUUAUUGAGGACGUAAACAAGCAACGACCAAAAUUUAUUUCUCUUUUGGAACUUGGAAAGGGAUCCUAGCAAUUCAACUCCAGAGAGGUUUGCUUACUUUUGAUAAAGAAAAUGGGUAGGAAUGAUCGAAUAAAGGCUAAAAGAACGUAAAUUCACUUUUUUUCCUCGUCGGAUCGUAAAGUCCCUAUUUUAAAUUUAAAAAUCUCACUUCCACACAACUUCCGUUUUUUUUUUCUGAAAUCCGAGUAUAAAAGAAUUUCUUUGAGGCGCUUUCCAUUCAACCCAAAAUUCAGAAAUUUUCUAUGGAGGCCCGUUCUGGUCAAAAUUAAUAUAAUAAAAUGGCAUCACAAGUGACUUUUUCGGCCAGUGCAGCAUUUAUUAUUGACCCGUUGUGUAUUUUUGUCAUCACUACACAGGAUUUUUUUAGUGUGUUGUUACUUUUUUUUUUAGCUGCAUGAAUUAUUUUUUGUUAAGGCUGUUUACUUUUUUUAUGUUGUUGUAUGAAUAAACUUUUCAUGCGUACCACAAAUAAUUUUUUGGUGGUACCGCGAAUUAUUUUUAAUACAAGUAUUGAGAAUUAUUUUUUCAUCGUGCUGAUAAUUAUUUUUCGCUGCAUCGCGAAUUUAUUUUUGGGCCUACAAUGCUUUGCGGGCCUUGCAGUUGAAGUGGACUGGUUCGAGUCUUUGACUUCCUUGGGCGACCAUUUUGAAAACUUUGAAGUGGAGGAGUGCUUUGAUAGAGAAUGCCAAGACGAAACAUUGUCAGGGAAAGAAACAAAAGAGGUUUUCAUUUUUCUUACAAAAUCUAUCAGGAGCCAGUAGUCUUUGCCGUUCGUGAUGAGGUUUUCUGGACCGAAGAUUCAAUAGAGGAGACUACGAAGGGACUUCACGACUCGUACACAAUUCUAACCCUUAUUCAGGGUGUCCAGUUCCUAUUUUUUCCUAUUUUUUGAGCCUAUUCCUAUUUUCUCCUAUUUUUAAACUAAAACCUCAUAUUUUUCCUAUUUUUUAGCCGGUGAAGGCUAACAAAAUUGAAAAUGAAAUUAUAAUUGUACGUGUUUUUGAGUGAAAUUUAUCAUAAAGCAAGUAGUAUGUUGACUUUGAUAUUCUAAUAUUAGUAAAAAUAACAGUUACGUUUGUUCUUUCCAUGACCUCUAUUGCCUGUUAGAGUUCUGUUAACAUUUUUGUUAACCUUCAUGUACAUGUAUUGUAUGUAGUGUUAUAGUUCUCCUCCUGACUAUUGAAUAAUAUUGUGUAUAGCCCACUGAAACUGCAUUUCAGUAUCUGUACAUGUUAUAUUUUAUUUUGAAGUCUUGCUCACUUUUAUGAUCAUCUUUGAAACUGAAAACAGGAUCAAGUUGUCCUCUCACAACACAGGCCAAUCCAAUCAGCAUCUUGUUUUUAAAAACCAAUCAUGAUCACUAGCUGAUUCUGGAUGCUACAUGAAAAGAACAGACUAAAGUUUAGUGUACGGCGCCAGCUCUCUUGGUGAGUCCUUGUUAACAGCUAUACCUAAGCAACUGAUGAAGGAUCCAAUAUUUUGGUUGCAAAACCGGUCUUGCAGUCAUAGCUAAGCGGUGUUAUGUUCUUCUUAGACCAAACACAUCAGUGUCAUUUUGCGUACACCGCAGAAAGCCUGGUUUCGUACUUAAAAUUUUGCGGUGUUUUGACUCAAACAAGCAUAUUCUCAACCAGCUACCGAUUGCAGAUUAAUGGAAGGAAAGCUUUCCAUAGGACUUUUACGUUCUAGUUCGAUAUCGUUCAAUGACAACUCAAUCGUAAGAAAUUUCUAUACUAAGAAAUUUCACUCUUCAAAGCUUUUCAAAGAUUUGCCGCCAACUUGAGGGGAAUUUGCAUAUGAUCACCUUUGAUUAUAGAACCACGCUUGACCUGCAGUCAAGCAUAUCAUUCUGAUUAUAGCAUUACUGAGGCAAUAAACUAAACGUUACUGAUCAUUUUUACUCCUUCUUAGCCGCGAAAGUUGAUCUCAGUCCUGCGAACGUAGAAUCUGAGGACUCGUGGCAUUUAUUAUAACCCUGAUGGGGUGCAGGGAGGCUACCUUUGUCCACAAAAGUACUAUUGAUUUUCCCAUUUUUCUCCUAUUUUUUAAAACAAAGUUUCCUAUUUUUCCUAUUUUCUCAAUGCUGAGUCUUCUAUUUGCCUAUAUUUUUGAGCAACCAUGCCGCUGGACACCCUGCUUAUCGCACAUGACAUGUCUCCCCAAUUGAACAGUUCUCUACCCAAUCUUACACCUCGAGUCUUCGUCCCGUACCUCACAUGCUGGCUUUCGGGAAGGAAGAUGCUGAGCAAGAACAAACCAGUGCAAAAGUUAAUUGCAAAAUACGUAUUCGACUGCUAUGAGAAAAGAACAUCAUUAGUUCUUUAGGUUAACAUUGAUUAUAGUUCCACUAGUGUGCAAUUUGUGUUAUGAUUCUAAAUUAUUUGGAUAAAGUCAAUGUACAUUGGACUGUAUAAGACUCCAAAUAAAUAAAGCAUUGUCAUUGUCAUCGUCAUUGCUGUGAAAGAGAAUGCCCUCUACCCUGAACUUCAGGAAAAAUCUCCCGAUUCAAAUCCUGACGGGGGGGCAUAAGAACUAGCAGAGCCAAAUGGAUUCGAGGUAUAUGACCUUCGCAGAGUGCUAGUGAGAGUAGACCUCACUAACUAACUAACAUGGGGAACUUGCUCGAGUGCCUUUACGAUGGCAGUAUAGUAAUUCCUGAUUUUUAACAUUAUGUUUUUAAUAUUCGGAGAUGAAUGAGUCGGUCCAACGUCAGAUACCUGAGAUGUAUAGCCAAUAACGCCAUAACAUAAAUAUUAGAUAAAUCAAUCGAAUUUCCCACUCUCAUUCUCUGCGUCUUCGUUCCGAAAACCAGCAUGUGUAGUGCGAGACGAAGACUCGAGGACAAGACCGGGUAAAGAACAGUUCAAUCGGGCAGACAUGUCAUGUUCUGAAUAAGGGUUAGAAUUGUGUACGAGUCGUGAAGUCCCUUCGUAGUCUCCUCUAUUAAAUCUUCGGUCCAGAAAACCUCAUCACUAACGACAGACUACUAGCUCCUGACAGAUUUUGUAAGAAAGAUGAAAACCUCUGUCGUUUCAGUUCUCUGACAAUGUUUCGCCUUGGCAUUCUCUUUGAAAACACUCCUCCACUUGCAAAGUUUUCAAAAUGGUCGCUCAAGAAGUCAAAGACUCGAACCAGUCCACUUCAACUGCAAGGCCCGCAAAGCAUUGUAGAACCAAAAAUAAAUUCUCGAUACAGCGAAAAAUAAUUAUCAGCACGAUGAAAAAAUAAUUCUCAAUACUUGUAUUAAAAAUAAUUCGCGGUACCACUAAAAAUUUAUUUGUGGUACGCACGAAAAAUUUAUUCACACAACAACAUAAAAAAAGGUAAACAGCCUUAAUUAAAAAUAAUUCAUGCAGCUAAAAAAAAUAAAAACACACUAAAAAAAUCCUGUGUAGUAAUGACAAAAAUACUCAAGAGGUCCAUAAUAAAUGCUGCACUGGCCGAAAAAGUCACUGGUGGUGCCAUUUUAUUAUAUUAAUUUUGACCAGAACGGGCCUCCAUAAUUUUCGGUUGGUACAUCAAAUGGAACGGACCGUUUUGAUUUGGUCUGAACGAAACAUUCGGGACCAGCUUUGAAGGCGGUCCUAUUUCAACGGUCUGGUCAUUUCGGUCGGUAGGACCGAAAUGUCCCUUUCCAUUUGACAAAAUUGUUGUUCCCAGUACUGCUCCCUUGUAUCCUGGUUACAAGAACAAUAACCAAACGCGCGGUGGCUUGGGUCGGGUCUAUGCAACCGGAAUGUACCGAUCCAAAAGGCUCGCAAAUUUCCGAAAUUUUAAAUUGGAAUUUUUGUUGAAUGGAAAGCGCCCUUGGGUUUUUGGGCUCCAUUUUCGAGGAAGAAAGCUCCCUUGCAAGAGCCAAACAUGUACGGUGAACAGUCGAGUUUGGAGGUAAACGUCUUCGUAUAAGAAGAUUACGAAAGCAAGGCGAUAGAUGCUGGCCUCUUGUUGGGCACAAAAUUAUUGUUUUGUGCCACAUCACAGACAAGCCUUCGAAUAAGUCGUGGAACUGGUUCCUUAGGAGUAGCAUUCCAGAGGCUCUCUCGCCCGUUAUUGAAAACGUUUGCCGCCGUUUUUCCUGACUCAACUGACCGACACUGGGUCUCCGAGGAUGCUUCUACCAAAGUAAUAAAAAUAAUCUUUCCAAGUGCCCACGAACAUAUUUCUCAUAGUUUAUGUUGAGUUGUUUGUGAAUUUUUCUAAUGUAGCUGUUGUUCACAUGAACUUUCAUAACAAAGAACGACAGAACAAAUCUUCGUGUUAAAGAAAGCGCAGACGCCUAAUACCUACUAAAAUGUUCGUUUGAGUUGUGGAACGGACUCUUAAAAACAUCGGUCGUAAGAAGGCAGUCAAUCGUUUGUGAUUUGUUCACAAUAUAAUCUCGAUAAUUUAAAAAAAAGGUUAUUCCAGAACCAAAAAAAGCUUCUGGCGCAUCCCUAAAUUAUUAAAUCCUUCCGUCCCGCAUUUGGUUUUGAUCUAAUUUCUUCUCACGCGCGUUAACUAGAUUCUUUCUUAAAAGUGGUAUAAUUCUAAUAUGUCCUCGAUACUUACAGUCGGUCCAUUUAUAUGGCUUGCAGUCUGUCCCAAUAUGGCAACCCUGAAUGAGACAUCAGGAAUUCUUACCAGUCCUUACUAUCCAAGGCUUUACCCUUCUUACGAGAAAUGCAGCUGGAAAAUUACAGCAAGUGAAGGAGAACGCAUUGUGUUGGUCAUUGAGGACCUUUAUAUUCGGGACUGUGGUUCAUCUUGCACGUGCGAUUACCUGGAAAUACAAAAUGGCUCAUCUUCUGAUGGCAUUUCAGGCAGGCGAAGAUGUAGAUAUUAUAAAGAGCGUGGGAUAGUAUACCAUUCAGCAAAAGAUGUCCUGAGGUUGACGUUUGUUUCUGCUGGCCGAGUUACGGGGUACCGUGGAUUUAGGGCAAUUUACAUGAAAGUGAAAUAUAAUGCAACAAACACCGGCACCGGUAAGUUAUUAGAAAUCGGCUGUAAACGCAAAGUUAAAGGUUUAUGUGUAGGCCAUCAGGUGAUCAACUUUCAACCAAAAUAUAUGAAAUAUUAUUCCCCUAUAACAGGCUUAUAGUAACUGUAAUAUUCAAAUACUUUACGGAGUAAAACAACCCAAGCUAAAAUGCCGAUGAAAUGCUGACAAUUUUGAUUCGGAAGAUGUUAAAAGUGUUUGGUCGAAAAUCUCCUAUUUUUUUUAUAAUUAUCUAUUGCAACGCUUUUGAUUUGGUUUUCUGUUUUGUUUUGUGUUUUUUUUUGGUUCACAGACAGAUUACUCUUUCAUUUUGUAUUAUAAAGCUAAAUCAUAGUUUGUUUCCUCUUGUUGCAGCUUGUACCUCUGGUAAAUAUGGAUUUCGUGGGUUCUUUUCAACUCCAAAUUUUCCUAGUAACUUCCCUCAGUACAGCAGAUGUAUCUGGAAUAUCACAGUUCCCAGCGGGUACAUCAUUAAACUCAGCUUCAUCUAUUUUCGAUUAGAGCCACAUCAGUACAUUCCCUGCUAUCAUUAUGCUCCUGGAGCCCGUGUUACAGUUACAAAUGUUGCUUCAGAUGAUGGGUAUCAACCGUUCAUGCUGUGCGGUCGGUCUCUUCCUCUUCCAGUGUAUUCGGUAGGGAAUUCUGUUCAAGUCAUAUUCACGUCUCUAAGCAGUCAAUACCCAGGGUUUAAUGCAACUUACACGGCUAUAACGUAUAGUUCAGGUACGUGGUAUACAUUAUUUAUAACACAUCAACGACUGAGUUAAGAUUUAAAAAACAUCACUAACAACAACUCGCCCUAUAAAACGUGAUCCAAGAAAGUCUUGAAUUCUGGAUUCCAGGAACUGGAUUCCGGCUGUCAGUGGCAGUUAGAUUCCGGAUUCCUAAGGUAGAAUUGUUUUACCGAUUCCGGUAUUCGAAUUACAUUACAUUGAGGGAAACGACAGUCAUAAACAAACAGGCAAAAUUUAAAACAAUUACAUUUUAGGGAGCUACUCGCACUAUCAGGCAAUUUCUUCUUUGGCCUAGGGCGAUUCGUUAAGCUCUCCUUUGUACCCUCUCAGUUUCAUGGAUGUCUUUAGCUAGAUGUGGUGACCACACCGGGCUAGCGUAUUCAAGUAUCGGAGGAAAUUAUACAAAAUUUAAAAAAUGUCCUUAUUUUUACUCCUUACUGUGUGUUUAAGCAAGCCAAGAACCUAUGUUUGCUUCAUGAACUGUUUCAUUGACAUGUUUUGUCCAGCUCAGGUCAUUCGCCAUGAUAACUCCAAGAUCUUUAUAAUUGAAUACAUUUCUUAACUCAGUACCCUAGACUUGGUACCGUGUGGUACUUUUGUCUUUAUUAUGAGUGAUUCUCAUGACCUCACAUUUGCUAGGAUUAAAUUUUACUGCCAGCCAUCCGCCCAUAGAUCAAGGGCGGUUAGAUCAGAUUUUAGCGGAGCUCCACGCGGGCGAAGCGCGCGCGUGGGCGGAGCCUCAUAGCUUAGUAGCGGAGCUCUGGCACGCGAAGCGCGCCUGCGGAGCACCAUGGGUAAGUAAAUCUACCCAUCCGAGAAAAUUUGGUAAUCACGUGACCGUACACCGCCCGCCCGCCCGUCCGUCCGCACCACACACGAGGAGCCGCAUGCAGUAAAAUUUCUGUCCCGUGAUUUAAUCAAUUAAAUCAUCAAAGUUGACAGGUCUUUCUGAUGAUCAAAGCGACCGUUUGGUUUACCACUUACACCUUCAGUGCGAAGACUGUCACGGGAAUAUUAACACCUUCAGGAUAAUUGCUUACCAUAACAGUGGUAGGUCGCGCGCGUCUGGUCGGUUUCGAAGAACGUGAUCGUGACUGUUGUUUUCAUUCAGUGACUUUGCGCGUUGAUAUGCCAACGUUUAAAACAGACUGCAACGUUAAAUUUUUGUUAUAGAAGCAAAGAAGCUGCUGAGUAGAAACUAAACCGUCCCAGACUUAUUCCGUUUCAUUCGUGUACUUUCAUUUUGAUGGGGUCUGUAUGAUGAAUUUACUUCUGCCUUCUAAUCAGGCACGUAAACAACAUAGAGAUAAAACAUUUCAUUUUGCUUUUGUGGAGUAAAUUCAUCUUAAAAAAGUUAAACUAGUGGACCACUUUCUCCGCGUACUUGUAAAAAUAGGCAUUUAAUAUGUCGCGCUACAGUGCGAAAAUCUUCUUGUCGUGGAUUAGAUUUCAGUAUACAGAUUGUUAAUCUUCAUUUCGCGCCAGAAUAAAUUAGUUUACGCGCAAAGGGCUUCUAAAAAAAAUCACAAGGUUUGUCCCACUUCGAGUCCACCUUCUGGAGAUACGGCGGCAUAAUAGCUGGAAUACAUUGCCGAGGCGAAGAUCUGGCAUUUUUUCCUCCUCGUCUUUUUUUCCCCGCUACGUUUGUUUAUAUUUCUAGUGAGAAUGCCGUGCAUAUCGGUGGAUACGAUUCGUCAAACUGAUGGUCCAUUGGUGCCAAUGGUACGAUUGGUACCAAUAGAAAAGCACCCUAUUCCAAUGGUUCUGUUGGUGCAUAUGCAUCUAAUUAAGGGGACUUACAUUAUUUUCCCAUGUGACCUGGCUGGGUACAGGGCAAUUCCAAUGGUCCAUCGGUACCAAUGGUACGAUUGGUACCAAUGGAAAAGCACCCUAUUCCAAUGGUUCUAUUGGUGAAUAUGCAUCUCAUUAAGGGGACUUAGAUUAUUUUCCCAUGUGACCUGGUUGGGUGCAGGGCAAUUCCAAUGGUCCAUCGGUACCAAUGGUACGAUUGGUACCAAUGGAAAAGCACCCUAUUCCAAUGGUUCUAUUGGUGAAUAUGCAUCUCAUUAAGGGGACUUAGAUUAUUUUCCCAUGUGACCUGGCUGGGUACAGGGCAAUUCCGAUGGUCCAUUGGUACGAAUGGUGCGAUUGGUACCAAUGGAAAAUGAUGCCAUUCCAAUGGUUCUAUUGGUGCAAAACAAGUUCACUUUUACACCAAGUGAAAACGCGCUAAUAAUUAUUAUGAACGUUCCUCGUUCUAUAAGAAAACCACGCAAAACAAGUUCGCUUUUACAUCAAGUAAAAGCGCGCUAUAAUUCUUAUGAAUAUUCCUCGUUCUAUAUCCCAAUCACGCAAAACAAGUUCGCUUUUACACCAAGUAAAAGCGCGCUAUGAUUCUUAUGAAUAUUCCUCGUUCUAUAAGCCAACCAUGCAAAACAAGUUCGCUUUAAAACCAAGUAAAAACGUGCUAAUAAUUAUUAUGAAUAUUCCUCGUUCUAUAAGCCAACCACGCAAAACAAGUUCGCUUUUACACCAAGUAAAAACGCGCUAAUAAUUAUUAUGAAUAUUCCUCGUUCUAUAAGCCAACCACGCAAAACAAGUUCGCUUUUACACCAAGUAAAAGCGCGCUAUAAUUCUUAUGAAUAUUACUCGUUCUAUAAGCCAGCCACACAAAACAAGUUUACAUCAAGUAAAAGCGCGCUAUAAUUCUUAUGAAUAUUCCUCGUUCUAUAUCCCGAUCACGCAAAACAAGUUCGCUUUUACACCAAGUAAAAGCGCGCUAUGAUUCUUAUGAAUAUUCCUCGUUCUAUAAGCCAACCAUGCAAAACAAGUUCGCUUUUACACCAAGUAAAAACGUGCUAAUAAUUAUUAUGAAUAUUCCUCGUUCUAUAAGCCAACCACGCAAAACAAGUUCGCUUUUACACCAAGUAAAAACGUGCUAAUGAUUAUUAUGAAUAUUCCUCGUUCUAUAAGCCAACCACGCAAAACAAGUUCGCUUUUACACCAAGUAAAAGCGCGCUAAUAAUUAUUAUGAAUAUUCCUCGUUCUAUAAGCCAACCACACUGUCGAAUGCAAGGUAAGAGAACGGAUUACUGUAAGGUAAGAAUUGAAGUUUAAAUUUGUUCCUCGGCGAAAAAUGAGGGUUGUCCAAUACUCACAAAUAGACUCCAUUGGUGUUAGUGGUGAUAAGAAGGGUCUCCAUUGGUACCAAUGGUACGAUUGGUACCAAUAGAAAAGCAUCCUAUUCCAAUAGUUCUAUUGGUGAAUAUGCAUCUUAUUAAGGAGACUUAGAUUAUUUUCUCAUGUGGUCUAGCUGGGUACAGGGCAAUUCCAAUGGUCCAUUGGUACCAAGGGUGCGAUUGGUACCAAUGGAAAAGCACCCUAUUCCAAUAGUUCUGUUGGUGAAUAUGCAUCUCAUUAAGGAGACUUGGAUUAUUUUCUCACGUGGUCUAGUUGAGUACAGGGCAAUUCCAAUGGUCCAUUGGUACCAAUGGAAAAGCACCCUAUUCCAAUGGAUCUGUUGGUGAAUAUGCAUCUCAUAAAGGAGACUUAGAUUAUUUUCUCAUGUGGUCUAGCUGGGUACAGGGCAAUUCCAAUGGUCCAUUGGUACCAAUGGUACGAUUGGUACAAAUAGAAAAGCACCAUAUUCCAAUAGCUCUAUUGGUGAAUAUGCUUCUCAUUAAGGGGACUUAGAUUAUUUUCUCAUGUGGUCUGGCUGGGUACAGGGCAAUUCCAAUGGUCCAUUGGUACCAAUGGUUCGAUUGGUACCAAUAGAAAAGCACCCUAUUCCAAUGAUUCUAUUGGUGAAUAUGCAUCUCAUUAAGAGAGUUAGAUUAUUUUCUCAUGUGGUCUGGCUGGGUAAAGGGCAAUUCCAAUUGUCCAUUGGUAGGAAUGGAACGAUUGGUACCAAUAGAAAAUGAUGUCAUUCCAGUGGUUCUAUUGGUGAAUAUGCACCAUUAUAAAGUAAAAAUCCCCGUCGAUUCACACGUUUAUGAGUGAUAAGGAGACAUUCAAACUUCUGCUGUUUUUCCACGGCAACGGGUGGAAUCCUGAAACCGUCGGUAGAUGGAUUCUUCUAGCUCAGUCCUGGGCCUCAUCGCAAGCUACAGCCGAGAAAAGAGCACUGCAAAUACAAUUUGUCAACGACAACGUUGACAUUAAAUACAUCAAUGGUUUUACUACGACGUUGAUUAUAGCAAACUGGUGUACCUCAAUGGGUUACCACGACAAACCCCACGUCAACAGUCAAAAAAGACUCAGUCACUUGAAUGUAGAACGGCUCUCUUAGGAGCCACCAAAUACAAUACAAAGUCAUAACCAACAGCAUGAUAUAACCACCCUUUUCGGAAACUCUUCAUUGAAAACUUGUUUUGGUUUAAACGCUUCCAUGUAGAUAAUGAAAUUGCGCUAAGAAAUUUCAGAAGUUAAUUUCACAGUGAAUCGAGUACAGUUGUUAAAACCUGUUGCCUCAAUACCACUUUGCUAGUUUCGCGCCUUUCCGCGUUGUUUCGGGUUCUUUUAACGAGUAAGAAUUCCCAAAAAAUAGUGCUUGCGUACAGGAAAGAAGACAUUCAUAUGUCAUGUCGUUGUUUGCUCGUGAAUCACAAUAAACAGAACGAACACGACAGUGACGCGUUACCUUUCAAUUUUAAUGUUCGUACGAUGUUUGUUAUACUCGCAGCACCUUGAGAUAUUAUUAGCGCUAGAUAUAUAGGUCGCCCUCGCUUUGUAACUAUUAGCGCGUUUCUACUUUGUGUGAAAGCGAACUUGUUUUGCGUGGUUAGCCAAUAGAACGAGGAAUAUUCAUAAGAAUUAUGGCGCGUUUUUAAUUGGUGUAACAGCGAACUUGUUGUGCGUGGUUGGCUUAUAGAACGAGGAAUAUUCAUAAUAAUUAUUAGCGCGUUUUUACUUAGUGUAAAAGGCAACUCGUUUUGUGUGGUUGGCUUAUAGAACGAGGAAUAUUCAUAAUAAUUAUUAGUGCGUUUUUACUUGGUGUGAAAGCGAACUUGUUUUGCAUGGUUGGCUUAUAGAACGAGGAAUAUUCAUAAGAAUUAUAGCGCGCUUUUACUUGGUGUAAAAGCGAACUUGUUUUGUGUGGUUGGCUUAUAGAACGAGGAAUAUUCAUAAUAAUUAUUAGCGCGUUUUUACUUGGUGUAAAAGCGAACUUGUUUUGCAUGGUUGGCUGAUAGAACGAGGAAUAUUCAUAAUAAUUAUUAGCGCGUUUUUACUUGGUGUAAAAGUGAACUUGUUUUGCAUGGUUGGCUGAUAGAACGAGGAAUAUUCAUAAUAAUUAUUAGCGCGUUUUUACUUGGUGUAAAAGCGAACUCGUUUUGCGUGGUUGUCUUAUAGAACGAGGAAUAUUCAUUAUUAUUAGCACGUUUUUACUUGGUGUAAAAGCGAACUUGUUUUGCAUGGUUGGCUUAUAGAACGAGGAAUAUUCAUAAGAAUCAUAUCGCGCUUUUACUUGGUGUAAAAGCGAACUUGUUUUGCGUGAUUGGGAUAUAGAACGAGGAAUAUUUAUAAGAAUUAUAGCGCGCUUUUACUUGAUGUAAAAGCGAACUUGUUUUGCGUGGUUUUCUUAUAGAACGAGGAACGUUCAUAAUAAUUAUUAGCGCGUUUUCACUUGGUGUAAAAGUGAACUUGUUUUGCACCAAUAGAACCAUUGGAAUGGCAUCAUUUUCCAUUGGUACCAAUCGAACCAUUGGUACCAAUGGACCAUCGGAAUUGCCCUGUACCCAGCCAGGUCACAUGGGAAAAUAAUCUAAGCCCCCUUAAUGAGAUGCAUAUUCACCAAUAGAACCAUUGGAAUAGGGUGCUUUUCCAUUGGUACCAAUCGUACCAUUGGUACCAAUGGAGCAUCAGUUUGACGAAUCGUAUCCGUUUGUGUAUAUUGGACAUGUGUGUGUUUCACUCUAAAAAAACUUAGCCUUUCUCUCAAAAGUCACAUGAAUGUGCCCUUAAGUUAAAUGAUUUGUGGAUUAAAAGUUUAUUGUUUGAUUUAAAUUAUAAAUUUCUUAAUUGGAGCUUCGCUUUUAGCCCUGGCUAAAUCUAUAUAUUAAAGCCUUAGAAUCUUCCAUUUUGUUUAUCUGUCUAUAGAUUUUAGUAUCGUCAGCAAAUAACUUGGUGGUAGGUGUAAUAAUGUUAGGUAUGUCGUUCACGUAAAUAGGAAAUAUAAUCGGACCCAGGAUUGAGCCUUGAGGGACGCCAGAUAUAACAGGCAACCAUUCGGAAUACGAUCCACGUAACUGUACUCUUUGUCUUGUGUUGGUUAAAAAAUAUCCUGAACCACCGGUAGAGUUUCCUGUCUAUACCGUUCCUAUUGAGCUUUAAAAGCAGGCACUCAUUGCGGACACUGUCGAACGCUUUCGAAAAGCCCAGAAAUAUAACAUCAGACACCUUUCCAACAGUUUCUUCUUAUUACCAGUUUGAUUUAUACGGCGGCAAUUUAACCAAAACUUUAGUUGAGCAACGGUCAAUUUUUCUAUCUCUUCUUCACUAAAGCCAGCCUGGAGUAAGAUCGACUUGAUCGUCCGCCGUGUUAGUUAAUUUAAAUUUGCCGCAAGGGCCAUUAAGCCUCCCUUCUAUGUAAAUUCCGUUUUUCUUUCUGUAAUCGGAGUAUUAUAUAAGUUCUUUGGUUUUGUGGGUUCAUUUUUGCUGAAGAAAUCUCUCCUGCAAGAGCCAAACAUGUACGGCGAACAAUCGAUUUUGCGGUUAACCUUCCUCGUAUAAGAAGAUCGCGAAAGCAACGCGAUAGAUGCUGGCCUCUUGUAGGACACUAAAUUAUUUUUAGUGCCAAUGCAAAUCACAGACAAUUAAUCGAGCAAGUCGUGAAACUGGUUCGUCAAGAGUAGCAUCCCUUUGUCCUCUCUCCCGUUCUUGAAUCAUUUGGAGGCCGUUUUUUCUCCCUCAACUAUCCGCCCCUGGGUCUCCGAGGGAGGAUGCUUUUACUAAAGAGAUAAUAAUGAUUACCCACGAACAUAUUCCUCAUAGUUAAUGCUGCGUUGUUUGUGAAUUUUCCUAAUGUAGCUGUUGUUCACAUGAGCUUUCAUAACAAAGAAAGACAAACUGAACGACAGAACAGUUUUUCAAGCCAGAGUAAAAGCAGACGCCUAAUACCGACUAAAUUGUUGGUUUCAGUCACGGAACAUCCUCGGAGACCCAGGGACAGUCAGUCGGGUAGGGAGAAAAGGCGGGACGAAAGUUUUCAAGUACGUGUAGGAACUCACGAAGAGAAUUCAGUAGAAACUGUUCGCCGAUUGGGCACAAUAAUACAAAGCAUUUUUUGUGCCCAAUCAGGAGCCGGUAUCCGCUUAAAUUUUUGGAAAUAGCUUGGUGAGAGUCGGUACCCAUGGGCUCUUUCACCCGUACUUCAAAACUUUCGUCCCGCCCUUUCUCCGGACCGGACUGACUGUCCCUGGGUCUUCGAGGAUGGUCGUGGAACGGACUCUCAAAAACAUCGUAGGAAGGCAGUCGAUUGUCUGUGAAUUGUUCACAAUAGCUGUGGUCACACUACAGACUUUUACCUAGGUAAACCCUUUUUACCUAGGGCAAAUUCAUCAAAAAUCUACCUAGGUAAAUUCAUCUCGGGUUUUGUUUUACCUAGGUAAAAAUUCUGGGAAGGUCACACUACUGAUAUCGGCUCCCAAUAUUUUCACGCCUGUUAAAUUUUUUGAAGCGUAAAUUCAAGAAGGCAAAAUGCGCAGGGAUCUAGCUGAUCAAAGAGACGUUUUUUCUUUUAUCUCGCUGUUAUUUCUUACGCUAAUUCAACGUGCAAGGUGAAGAAAGGCGAAGACGUAGACGACUUGCGCUCCCAAAAUUUCUUUCACAGCUUGAUCUAUGUCCGGUUCUGUCAUCAAGACCUUCGCCGACGAGCGUCUAUUGGCUAGCAACCUCGGUAUUUCAUUUUUCCCUAGCUAUUGCUUUGGGGUAGUUGUCAAGGGAAACUCUAUUGUUUUCGAGACAUGUCCAAGACCCAGACGAUAAAAUUUCCCCGAGGUAAGUUACCUAGGGAAAAAUCGGUCACACUUAAAAAAUCAAGUUUCCCUAGGUAAACUGUCAACAAGUCGUGUUUACCUAGGUAAAAAGUCUGUAGUGUGACCACAGCUAAUUUAAUCUCGAUAAUUAAAAAAGGUAUUCCAGAACAAACAAAAAAUCUUCUGGGGCAUCCCUAGAUUAUUUAGUCCUUCCGUACCGCAUUUGGUUUUCGUCUAAUUCCUUCUUACGUUAACUGGAUUCUUCCUUGAAAGUGGUAUAAUUCUAAUUAUCCUCAAUACUUACGCUCAGUCCAUUUACAUGGCUUGCAGUCUGUCCCAAUAUGGCAACCCUGAAUGAGACAUCAGGAGUUCUUACAAGUGCUUACUAUCCAAGGCGUUACCCUUCUAACGAGAAUUGCAGCUGGAAAAUUAUAGCAAGUAAAGAAGAACGCAUUGUGUUGGUCAUUAAAGACAUUCAUAUUCGCAGCUGUGGGUCAUCUUGCACGUGUGACUACCUGGAAAUACAAAAUGGAUCAUCCUCUGAUGGCAUUUCAGGCAGGCGAAGAUGUAGAUACUAUAAUGACCGUGGGACAGUAUACUAUUCGGCAACAGAUGUCCUAAGGGUGACGUUUGUUUCUGAUAUUGGUACUUACGGGAGCUAUCGUGGAUUUAAGGCAACUUACAUUAAAGUGAAAUAUAAUGCAACAACCACCGGUAAGUUAUUAGGAACCGGCUUUAAACGCAAAGUUAAAGGUUCUUGUGUAGGCGACCGGGUUGUCAAUUUUCAAGCAGGGAAUAUAAAAUAUUAUUGCCUUAUAACAGGGUCACGGCAACUGUGACAUUCAAAUACUCUACACAGAGUAAAGCAACACAAACUAAAAUGUCGAUGAAAUGCCAACAAGUUACAUUGAUAUGAUGUUAAUAAAAGUGUUGGCAGAAAAUCUCAUUUUUUAUGUUUAUCUAUUGCAAUGCUUUCGAUUGAGUUUUUUUGUUUCGUUUUUCUUUUUGGUUCACAGACGGAGUACUCUUUGAUUUUGAUUAUAAACAAGCUAUAUCAUAGUUUAUUUCCUCUUGCUGCAGCUUGUACCUCUCGCGAAUAUCUGAAUGGAUUUAGUGGAUUCUUUUCAACUCCAAAUUUUCCAAGUAACUUCCCUCAGUACAGCAGAUGUACCUGGAUUAUCACAGUUCCCAGCGGGUACAUCAUUAAACUUAGCUUCGUCUAUUUUCGAUUGGAGCCACAUCAGUACAUUCCCUGCUAUCGUUAUGCUCCAGGAGCCCGUGUUACAGUCACAAACGUUGCUUCAGAUGAUAGCUAUCAGCCGUUCAUGCUGUGCGGUCAGUCUCUUCCUCCUGCAGUAUACUCGGUAGGGAAUUCCGUUCAAGUCAUAUUCACGUCUCUAAGCAGUCAAUACCCAGGGUUUAAUGCAACUUACACGGCUAUAACUUAUAGUUCAGGUACGUGGUAUACAUUAUUUAUAACACAUCAACGAUUGAGUUAAGAUUAUAAAAACAUCACUAACAACAACUCGCCCUAUAAAACGUGAUCCAAGAAAGUCUUGGAAUCUGGAUUCUACGCUGUGGACUCUUGAUUCCAGGAACUGGAUUCCGGUAGUCAGUGGCAGUUAGAUUCCGGAUUCCUAAGGUAGAAUUGUUUUACCGAUUCCGGUAUUCGAAUUACAUUACAUUGGGGGAAACGACAGUCAUAAACAAACAGGCAAAGUUUAAAACAAUUACAUUUUAAGGAGCUACUCGCACUAUCAGGCAAUUUCUUCUUUGGCCUAGGGCGAUUCGUUAAGGUCUCCUUUUUACCCUCUCAAUUUCAUGGAUGUCUUUAGCUAGAUGUGGUGACCACACCGGGCUAGCGUAUUCAAGGAUCGGAGGGACUUAUAAAAAAUUAAAAAAAUGUCCUUAUUUUUACUCCUUACUGUGUGUUUAAGCAAGCCAAGAACCUAUGUUUGCUUCAUGAACUGUUUCAUUGACAUGUUUUGUCCAGCUCAGGUCAUUCGCCAUGAUAACUCCAAGAUCUUUAUAAUUGAAUACAUUUCUUAACUCAGUACCCGAGACUUGGUACCGUGUGGUACUUUUGUCUUUAUUAUGAGUGAUUCUCAUGACCUCACAUUUGCUAGGAUUAAAUUUUACCUGCCAGCGAUCCGCCCAUAGAUCAAGGGCGGUUAGAUCAGAUUUUAAAGCAAUAGAAUCUUCCAUUUUGUUUAUCUGUCUAUAGAUUUUAGUAUCGUCAGCAAAUAACUUGGUGGUAGGUGUAAUAAUGUUAGGUAUGUCGUUCACGUAAAUAGGGAACAUAAUCGGACCCAGGAUUGAGCCUUGAGGGACGCCAGAUAUAACAGGCGACCACUCGGAAUACGAUCCACGUAUCUCUACUCUUUGUCUUGUGUUGGUUAAAAAAUAUCCAGUGAACCACAGGUAGAGCUGCCCGUCUAUACCGUUCCUAUUGAGCUUUAAAGACUCUCUAAAAGCAGGUUCAUUUGACAAAAUUGUUGGUCCCAGUACUUCUCCCUUGUAUCCUGGUUACAAGAACAAUAACCAAACGAGCGGUGGCUUGGGUCGGGUCUAUGCAACCGGAAUGUACCGAUCCAUUUGGCUCGUAAAUUUCCGAAAUUUCAAAUCGGAAUUUUUGUUGAAUGGAAAGCGCCCUUGGUUUUUUGGGCUCCAUUUUCGCGGAAGAAAGCUCCCUUGCAAGAGCCAAACAUGUACGGUGAACAGUUGAGUUUGGAGGUAAACGUCUUCGUAUAAGAAGAUUACGACAGCAACGCGAUAGAUGCUGGCCUCUUGUUGGGCACAAAAUUAUUGUUUUGUGUCAAAUCACAGACAAGCUUUCGAAUAAGUCGUGGAACUGGUUCGUUAAGAGUAGCAUUCCAGAGGCUCUCUCGCCCGUUCUUGAAAACUUUUGCCGUAGUUUUUCCUGACUCAAUUGACCGACACUGGGUCUCCGAGGAUGCUUCUACCAAAGUAAUAAAUUAAAAUAAUCUUUACAAGUGCCCACGAACAUAUUUCUCACAGUUCAUGUUGAGUUGUUUGUGCAUUUUUCUAAUGUAGCUGUUGUUCACAUGGGCUUCCAUAGCAAAGAAAGACAACCUGAACAACAGAACAAAUCUUCAUGUUAAAGUAAGGGCAGGCGCCUAAUAACUAUUAAAAUGUUCGUUUGAGGUAUGUAACGGACUCUUAAAAACAUCGGUCGUAAGAAGGUAGUCAAUCGUUUGUGAUUUGUUCACAAUAUGAUCUCGAUAAUUUAAAAAAAAAGUUAUUCCAGACACAAACCAAAUAAAGCUUCUGACGCAUCCCUAAGUUAUUAAAUCCUUCCGUUCCGCAUUUAAUUUUGAUCUAAUUUUUUCUCACGUUAACUAGAUUCUUUCUUGAAAGUGGUAUAAUUCUAAUUGUCCUCGAUACUUACGGUCCGUCCAUUUAUGUUGCUUGCAGUCUGUCCCAAUAUGGCAACCCUGAAUGAGGCAUCAGGAGUUCUUACAAGUCCUUACUAUCCAAGGCGUUACCCUUCUAAGGAGAAAUGCAGCUGGAAAAUUACAGCAAGUAAAGGAGAACGCAUUGUGUUGGUCAUUGAAGACCUUUAUAUUCGGUCCUGUGGUUCAUCUUGCACGUGUGAUUACCUUGAAAUACAAAAUGGCUCUUCCUCUGAUGGCAUUUCAGGCAGGCGAAGAUGUAGAUACUAUGAAGAUCGUGGGAUAGUAUACCAUUCAGCAAAAGAUAUCCUGAGGUUGACGUUUGUUUCUGAUAGUGGUACUGACCGGUACUACCGUGGAUUUAAGGCAAAUUACAUUAAAGUGAAAUAUACUGCACCAACCACCGGUAAGUUAUUUAGAAAUCGGCUUUAAACUAUAAGUUAAAGGUUUAACUACAGGCGAUCAACUUUCAACCAAGUUAUAUGAAAUAUUAUUGCCUUACAACAGGCUUAUAGUAAUUGUAAUAUUCAAAUUCUUUACGGAGUAAAACAACCAACAAUAAAACGCCGAUUAAAUGCCGACAAUUUUCAUUCGCAUGGUGUUAAAAGUGUUUGGUAGAAAAUCUCCUAUUUUUUUUAUAAUCAUCUAUUGCAAAGCUUUCGAUUUGGUUUUUUGUUUUGCUUUGUCUUUUUUUUUUGUUUCAGACAGAUUACUCAUUUAUUUUGUAUUAUAAAGCUAAAGCAUAGUUUAUUUCCUCUUGCUGCAGCUUGUACCUCUGGCGAAUACCUUAAUGGAUUUAGUGGAUUCUUUUCAACUCCAAAUUUUCCAAAUAACUAUCCUCAACACAGCAUGUGUACCUGGAAUAUCACAGUUCCCAGCGGGUACAUAAUUAAACUCAGCUUCCUCUACUUUCGAUUGGAGCCACAUCAGUACAGUCGCUGCUAUUAUAAUGCUCCAGGAGCCCGUGUUACAGUCACAAAUGUUACUUCAGAUGAUGGGUAUCAACCGUUCAUGCUGUGCGGUCAACAACUUCCAGAUCCAGUGUACUCAGUGGGGAAUUCAAUGCAAGUCAUAUUCACGUCUCUGAGCAGUCAAUACUCAGGGUUUAAUGCAACUUACACGGCUAUCACUUAUAGUUCAGGUACGUGGUAUACAUUAUCAAAACAAAAACAAUUACUUUUUAUGAAGUUAGAUCGAUCUCACACUACCAGAUAAUGUCGGUACUUAAAAGGCGAUCAAAAGAAUCGACUCCGAAAUUAUUGACGUAUUACUGCUUGAAAAUGUAAAAGAGCAAAAGAGGAACACGAUUGGAUCGGUAAAACUGAACAAGAUAUUACAUUCAGGUAUAUUUAAAGAACACAUGUAUUUCAAGUUUGUCGUCUUUACACUGUACGCAAGUCUGAUGCUCUCGAGAAUCAUCAGUUGCUACGUGGAGAUGACAAUUUUGUCCGCCUAAGAGGUCUCUUCAGAGUCAACAUAGAAAGAUCAAAUUAUCGAAAAUAACGUGGUUUAAAGCCUUAAAAUAACUAAGAUAUACGGGAUAACAUAAACUUGCGCUCGAUAAGUAUUGUAGUACUAUUUAAGAUACGGAUUUUUCUUGGUGGUGCAGCGGAGUAUGGUUAGAAUGGUAUGAUUAGAACGCCAACAAUGACAUUUCUCAAAAUUGAUUUUGAAUUUGCAUAUUUUGUUUUUUUUUUCUUAUUCAUUUGGAACCAAUCGAUAAAUAUGUUCAUACACCACCGUAGCUCCCUCGAAAACUAGACCCGAUUCCAGACCAAAAUGGGCAAAGUCUAUAACCGUUUUUAGACAAAAACGGCGCAAAAUCCAUAUAAAUUUCUUUCUACAACUGAGAUAAUCUGUAUCUAGAAUGAUCUGAAUCAUCACACGCCGUUUCCCCAUUUUCCCUCAGUUCUUCUAUCUUUCUCGCUAACCUUGCUUUAUAAAGUGAAGAUCCUCUCUGGGUCAGGGUCAUAUAUUUUUAGAUUUUUAUUGCUUGUAGGUUCUUAACCCUGAGAAGAAAAUGUCGCAUGAAAACAUAUGUCUAAACUUCUAUGUAAUCUUGUAGUUGAGAAUAAACAGCAUAAACAGCUGAUCGAUCGCGCAAAAUCUGAUGUUGUACAUCUACCUUUCCAACAGUUCCCUCUUAUUACCAUUUCGAUUUAUACGGCGGCAUUUUAACCAAAACCAAAACUUUAGUGGAGCAACCGUCAAUUUUUCUGUAUCUCUUCUUCACUGAAGCCAGCAAGAGGAAUGUUCCCUCAAUUAAGUCCGCCAUGUUAGUUAUUUAGGUACCUUUCACUCCGAUGACGCGAUGACAACGAGGACGUCGUCAAAAAAGCAAUAGGUUUACAAGGCAAAACAACAACUUUGUGCGUGCAUCACAUUUUUUUUCUACAUUUCUUUUUACUGGGGACGUAAACAAGCGACGACCAAAAUUUAUUUCUCUUUCGGAACUUGGAAAGGGAUCCUAGCAAUUCAACUCCAGGGGAUUCGCUUACUUUUGAUAAAGAAAAUGGGUAGGAAUAAUCGCAAUAAAGGCUGAAAGAACUUAAAUUCACUUUUUAAGUGACGUUUUUGCUGCCAUCGCCUCGUCAGAUCGUAAAGUCCCUAUUUUAAAUUUAAAGAUCUCACAUCUAUGCAACUUCCGUUUUUUUUUUUUCUGAAAUCCGAGUAUUAACGAAUUUCUUUGAGGCGCUUUCCAUUCAACCCAAAAGUUUGAAAUUUUCGGUUGGUACAUCAAAUGGAACGGGCCGGUUUGAUUUGGUCUGACCGGAACAUUCGGGACCAGCUUUGAAGGUGGUCCUCUUUCACCGGUCUGGUUAUUUCGGUCGGUAGGACCGAAAUGUCCCUUUCCAUUUGACAAAAUUGUUGUUCCCAGUACCUCUCCCUUGUAUCCUGGUUACAAGAACAAUAACCAAACGCGCGGUGGUUUGGGUCGGGUCUAUGCAACCAGAAUGUACCGAUCCAUUUAGCUCUUAAAUUUCCGAUAUUUCAAAUCGGAAUUUUUGUUGAAUGGAAAGCGCCCUUGGUUUUUUCGGCUCCAUUUUCGCGGAAGAAAGCUCCCUUGCAAGAGCCAAACAUGUACGGUGAACAGUCGAGUUUGGAGGUAAACGUCUUCGUAUAAGAAGAUUACGACAGCAACGGGAUAGAUUCUGGCCUCUUGUUGGGCACAAAAUUAUUGUUUUGUGUCAAAUCACAGACAAGCUUUCGAAUAAGUCGUGGAACUGGUUCGUUAAGAGUAGCAUUCCAGAGGCUCUCUCGCCCGUUCUUGAAAACGUUUGCCGCCGUUUUUCCUGACUCAACUGACCGACACUGGGUCUCCGAGGAUGCUUCUACCAAAGUAAUAAAUAUAAUCUUUACAAGUGCCCACGAACAUAUUUCUCACAGUUCAUGUUGAGUUGUUUGUGAAUUUUCCUAAUGUAGCUGUUGUUCACAUGGGCUUUCAUAGCAAAGAAAGACAACCUGAACGACAGAACAAAUCUUCAUGUUAAAGUAAGCGCAGGCGCCUAAUAACUACUAAAAUGUUCGUUUGAGUUAUGGAACGGACUCUUAAAAACUUCGGUCGUAAGAAAGCAGUCAAUCGUUUGUGAUUUGUUCACAAUAUAAUCUCAAUAAUUUAAGAAAAAGGUUAUUCCAGACACAAACCAGAAAAAGCCUGUGGCCCAUUCCUAAAUUAUUAAAUCCGUUUGUCCUGCAUUUGGUUUUGAUCUAAUUUCUUCUCACGUUAACUAGAUUCUUUCUUGAAAGUGGUAUAAUUUUAAUUGUCUUCGAUACUUACGCUCAGUCCAUUUAUAUGGCUUGUAGUCUGUCCCAAUAUGGCAACCCUAAAUGAGACAUCAGGAGUUCUUACCAGUCCUUAUUAUCCAAGGCAUUACCCUCCUAACAAGAAAUGCAGCUGGAAAAUUACAGCAAGUGAAGGAGAACGCAUUGUGUUGGUCAUUGAAGACCUUAAUAUUGGUUCCUGUGGUUCAUCUUGCACGUGUGAUUACCUUGAAAUACAAAAUGGCUCUUCCUCUGAUGGUAUUUCAGGCAGGCGAAGAUGUAGAUACUAUGAAGACCGUGGGAUAGUAUACCAUUCAGCAAAAGAUGUCCUAAGGUUGACGUUUGUUUCUGAUAGUGGUACUUACUGGUACUACCGGGGAUUUAAGGCAACUUACAUUAAAGUGAAAUAUGUUGCACCAACAACCGGUAAGUUAUUUAGAACUCAGCUUUAAACUGUAAGUUAAAGGUUUAAGUGCAGGUGAUUAACUUUCAACCAAGUUAUAUGAAAUAUUAUUGCCUUAUAUAGUAACUGUAAUAUUCAAAUACUUUACGGAGUAAAACAACCCACACUAAAAUGCCGAUCAAAUGCCAACAGUGUGUGGUGGAAAAUCUGCUAUUUUUUUUUUUUUUUUAUAACUAUCUAUUGCAAAGCUUUCGAUUUGGUUUUUUGUUUUGCCUUGUCUUUUUUUGUUUCAGACAGAUUACUCUUUGAUUUUGUAUUAUAAAGCUAAGUCCUUGCUUUUUUCCUCUUGUUACAGCUUGUACCUCUGGCGAAUACCUUAAUGGAUUUAGUGGAUUCUUUUCAACUCCAAAUUUUCCCAAUAACUAUCCUCAAUACAGUAUGUGUACCUGGAAUAUCACAGUUCCCAGCGGGUACAUAAUUAAACUCAGCUUCCUCUACUUUCGAUUGGAGCCACAUCAGUACAGUCGCUGCUAUUAUAAUGCUCCAGGAGCCCGUGUUACAGUCACAAAUGUUACUUCAGAUGAUGGGUAUCAACCGUUCAUGCUGUGCGGUCAACAACUUCCAGAUCCAGUGUACUCAGUGGGGAAUUCAAUGCAAGUCAUAUUCACGUCUCUGAGCAGUCAAUACUCAGGGUUUAAUGCAACUUACACGGCUAUCACUUAUAGUUCAGGUACGUGGUAUACAUUAUCAAAACAAAAACAAUUACUUUUUAUGAAGUUAGAUCGAUCUCACACUAUCAGAUAAUGUCGGUACUUAAAAGGCGACCAAAAGAAUCGACUCCGAAAUUAUUGACGUAUUACUGCUUGACAAUGUAAAAGAGCAAAAGAGGAACACGAUUGGAUCGGUAAAACUGAACAAGAUAUUACAUUCAGGUAUAUUUAAAGAACACGUGUAUUUCAAGUUUGUCGUCUUUACACUGUACGCAAGUCUGAUGCUCUCGAGAAUCAUCAGUUGCUACGUGGAGAUGACAAUUUUGUCCGCCUAAGAGGUCUCUUCAGAGUCAACAUAGAAAGAUCAAAUUAUCGAAAAUAACGUGGUUUAAAGCCUUAAAAUAACCAAUUUCUUUCUACAACAAGAUAAUCUGUAUCUAGAAUGAUUUGAAUUAUCUCACGCCGUUUCCCCAUUUUCCCUCAGUUCUUCAAUCUGUCUCGCUAACUUUGGAACAUUCGGGAACAGCUUUGAAGGAACUCCGCUUCAAAACGCACUGCGCCUGAGCACAAAAUUUAACAUCCGGUCAGCUUUUUAUUUCCGGUGUAGUAUAUAAACCAAAUGCGUAAGCAUAACUUUGCCGUCGCGCCGAGUUUGAAAGCAAAAAGGGGGCGAAAAAACUCACUUCAUUCGAUAGCUUAUAUAUUUUUCUUGUGUCAAAUUUUUGCACCACAUGGUUAUCUGGUUGCAUCAACGGUGAAAAGGUCAGCGCUCAUUAACAUCAGUCGAAAGGCCCUCUUAUCUUCGGUCGGGUUUCGUAAACGUAUGACGUCAUGCUCGCCUCGAAGUUUAAUAUGCUGAUUCAUCUGCACGUCGAUCGUCUAUAUCCGAGAUUUUGUCCCACUUUUUCGAUCAUUCCUCAAUUGAUUCCAAUCAAUUCAAACAAGACGAUGCCACUGCCUCCGUUUAAAGGAUGUUUUGAUGUUUCAAGCCUCUUCUUACUCCGCGGGGAAAAGGACCUUUCAGUGGACGUUACGGAAUAACAUCCUUUGAAUGGCCCUAGAUCACCAGGCUGUGUAUCUAGGUGACAAUUAUACAUCAUCACUUUCCUUAUUGAACACAUAAUGUGUACAUAUACAGUGUAAAAAUCGCUAUACUUAUAUUUCACACUUGAGGAGAAGGAUCAAUAUUGUUAUUUAUUAUCCCACUAUUAUGUCAUUUACCAUAUAAGGUCAGGAGAAUGCGCAAAAUAUGAGGCGGUAAUAAUAAUACUAUUUAAUAAUAUUUCUGUCUGAUUUGGUUAAAAUGACUGGUCACUAGGUUUUCGCCUGGCACCGGACACAGUGUGCCUUAAAGCCUCUUCGGCUGUAAUUGUUCCUUCAACUUCUUUACAGUAAAGGCAUGUCAUUCUUGCAAAAAAGAAAAUGCUCUCUCAUUUGAUCAAGUAGAGCAGAUGCUAUUUAAUUUCAUGAAGUCAAAACAAACAUGGAAAACUAAUUAUACAAAAGUAAGAUUGUUUUUCCUUAUUUGAUCAUCAUUAAACUUCCCUUCAGUUUUCUUGUGCAUUAUUGGCUGUGUGAUUUGACCGAUGAGUCGAUUUUUGGUGCACUCUUGAUCCUCCUUUCUUCCUCUAUAUGUUAAUUUGUUUUCUUAUUUAGUAUCCAAGUGGUGACCAAAUUACUCAGGAAUUAUGCUGCUUGUGAAAGGCAUCUGUUCAACCGAAGUACCCCAUGCAGUGGUGGAUCCAGACCUUCAGAUAAGGGGGGGGUCAUCCAGACCCUGAGAUAAGGGGGGCGGGGCGGUCUCCAAAAAGAUUUUUUUCGGCUCAUCGGGCCUGAGUUUGGUCUAAAAAUAAGGGGGGGCCCGAACCUCCCGGGCACCUCCCCUAGAUCCGCCACUGCCAUAGAGAGAGGAGUAAUUGCUAUAGCUAUGAUCUAUCAUGUGGGCAACUAUUCUGCAAAGAAUUUUAGGUCUGAUUUGACCGAUCUAUAUGGAUGUUUGUUACCAAGAAAAGAUGUCUUUACUUACAAUAGUUUGAAUUAAUCGAGAUUUUUAACAUAGAAAUUAAUUGCUGUGAACCCAGAUUAGUGUCUGUUAGUAAGAGGUGCAUCUAAGCUUAUAGGAGGUGUCAGUUAACGGAGGUUCUGUGCAGUACCUGAUGGAAAUUGGGAUUUUUUUCCCCUGCUCAAGUUCUGUACAAACUAAAUGUCAUACGUGUUAAUGCUACCAACAGUAGUUUAAGAACAUGAGUGAUGUUCAGAAUACUGAAAGUUUAAAAAUAUUUCUUUGUCUAACAAUGUAAAUUAUAAUAAUUAUAAUCAUUACUAUUACAUUAUUAUUGUAUCAAUUACAGUGAAACCUGUAUUAAGCAGGCACCUUCCGGACCUUCCCAAGUGUCUGCUUAAUAGAGGGUGUCUGCUUAAUAAAGUUUUAAAAAUUGCACAAUGUUUGUUAACGAUCAACAUUUAACGGUUACUCUGUACUGUGAAAAAGUUGCAUGUUGUUAAAAAAGCUAUCGUGAGUUCAAGUUCAUUACCUUUCAUUACCAACUUUAAUUUGUUUGUAAAUGCAAAAACAUUAACUGACUUCAGUACAUAUUUCAAGGAGGUAAUCCAAUACUACUAUUGUCAAUUCAGUCCGGUGUCUGCUUACUAGAGGUUUUGAACAAUAGAAAUUAGCCAAAUACAACUUAUUUUAGAGGCGUCCGCUGAAUAGGGGUUUGUUAUAAAGGGAAAUAUCAGACGUCCGUUUCGGGACCCGGCUUAGUGUCCGCUUAAUUGGGGGCCCGCUUAAUAGAGGUUUCACUGUAAAAUAUUAUAGUCAUUGAUAUUACAAAUUGUGGCAAUACUAUGCAAAAUAUGCUUACCAUGCAGACAAACUCAGCCACCGUCAUAGCUGUUUGCUUGAAAGGGAAUUGCUUUGAAAUAGCAGUGGGAGGGGGGGGACUUGCCCCCACCCCCCUUCCCUACCACCACUGCAGCCAUGUUUCUCAACCCAAAAUUGGUCAAGAGCAAAUGUUAAGAUUUUAUUGAAUACCAGCUGUAGCAUCCAGGGCGCACGUUUUCUACCCUCCGACGACUCAAAAAGCACCAUGAAGCAGGAUUGUUUUAGCCUUUGUUUGAACAACUGCCUACUUGUGCAUACCCGGUCAACUGUCGAUUGCGGAUUCUAUGGACACUGUUAAGAUCUCAAAAAGGUUUGCUUGUGCCAACAAACUAAGCAAUGACAUUUUGGGAAAUUGGAGUAGGGCUAUGGUCAACAGCGGAUUUAGGGGAGGAGCCUGGGAGGCCCGGGCCCCCCUCUUAUUUUUACACCAAACUGAGGCCGCGCCGGAAGGGCCGAAAAAAUUUUUUUGGGAGACUGGGCCCCCUUAUCUCAGGGUCUGGAUGACCGGGUGCCCCCCACCCCCCUUAUCUGCCACUGUAUAAUAAUAUAGCUACUACUCACCUGUGCCUCUAAAGCCUUUGCUUGCGUUGUAGUCCUUGUAGAGGGAAAUUGCGAGUAUUGCGAGUUUCAAAAUCUUCGAUUAGCUUUGUGCUUCUUCAGCGGAUGAAACAGAAUAUCGAUCAUCAGACAACUUAGUGCAAGAAUGGCUUUCUGUGGUUUCAUACUGGUAUACUUAGCUUUCUUUUGCUGUCUUGAGUUUCUUUUUCUACUCGUUUUUUUUUUGUGUGUGUGAAUGCUUUGUGUAGCUGUGUGUGGUGUGCAGUACCUGACCUUUAAUAUAAUCAUUUAUUAAUAACCUAAGUGAGGCUGCUCUAUCUUUUUAGCCCUCAAUGGUUAUUAUGGGCAGCCUGUACUCUCUCUAUAUAUUUAUCUAAUUUUUUUGUAUCAUGUAAAUCAUGUAGGGUACAGCUGGGUACAAAUAAAGUUGUUGUUGUUGGGUCUUGUUGUUGUUGCUGCAAGCAUUCAUUAUUAUUCGACAGAGACAGACAUUACACACGUGGAUGAUUUUCUAUUUUUUUAUAUUCCCGCCAAUAUUUGAAAAAGUUGUUAAAUGGGGCAGCGGUUCAUUUGAGUUUUAUUUGCUUGUUCGUGUAAUUUCUUCAUGAAUGCCAUUCUAUCCGGGGAUAUUCAAGGGAUGUUACUCAAUAACAUCCGCUGAAAGGACCUUAUUGAUGCGCUAAGAGGCUUGAUCAAGGCGAAACAUCAAAACACCCUUUCCAAACAGAUGCAGUGGCAUCUUCUUGGUUGAAUCAAUCGAGAGAUGAUCGAAAAAGCAAGACAAGACCUCGAAACAAACACCAAAUCAUCAGACAAAUCAGAGUGGAGGAUCGAAGCGAAGCUUACAUGAGUCACAGGGGGAGCCACGAGGCGAACGUGACGUCAUACGUUUACGAAAUCCGACCGAAGAUAAGAGGGCCUUUCGACGGAUGUUAACGAGUGCUGACCCGGUGAAAAUGAUGUUUGAAGUUUGUACGUCGCUAGCGCUCGACACGACGAAUUUGUUUUUACUGCGUUUCUUGCAUGCUUGUGGUUUGGCAUAAGUUAAUUUCGGGGAGAAGGCGAUAACUAAGAAAAGAAUAGCAAAACUUAGGAAAGAAACCAAAAAAAGACGUCAUUAUUAUCAUUAACGCUAUAACCAGGAAAAAAAAAGUUUAGUCCGUUCAAUCAGAGAAAACAAGAACUCAAAACAAAAGAUGGGCGAGAUUUAAUAACAUCCUCGACUUUGAUGACUGCCGUCGCGAAUACCCGGCGCUUUCGGUCUAUUGAAUGAUCUUGGCCGGGAAACUAAACAUGCUGAAAAACGUACUUUCAAUCAAGGAAAUGCUUAUUUUAUUUCUUAUUAAUUCUUUUACUUGGUUCUUCUUUGGUUGAAGACUUCAUUAAUUUCAGAUUGUGGGGCUCGGCUGCAGCUUCUGCGAACACGAAACUUCCAGCUGAUAAAUAAAUGGCAUGAAAAUUUCGACUUCUAAAAGCCAUCAAACCAGCUUUCGCUCUCUGAUUCUGAGAAUGAAAAAAUUAUAUAAAUAAAUAAAGUUGUCAACUUGCUGCCAACCUCAACAGUAUAAUCAAGCUUAAGGUGUUUCGUGGCAAUCUACUCAGAAGAGCUUCAUUUAAAAAAAACGAACUCACUGGUAAAUAAAACUAUAAAGCGAUUGUGUGUUGUCGUUUUUCAGAUAAAGUCAAUAAAGCUUGAAGCGGUGUUUAAGACAUAAAGACUGAGAAAUUACAUACCUGCCAACUCUCCCGGUUUUCCCGGGAGUCUCCAAGUUUUUCAUCAAAUCUCCCCAUCUCCCGGUUAGAGCACCAAAUCUCCUGGAUAAAAUGGACUUUUGAGCAUUUCUGUGCUUUAGUUUGAAAUUUAGUCCAUUUUUUCACAAAAUUCGAACUUUUUUUAUUCAUUGUACAGUUUCUGGGACAUUUUUGCACAUGUUUAGUCAAUGACAAAGAUUAGUUCGUCAUUACAAUGAUGAAAGCGCAUUUUGAUCUCAUGUACAUCAUGCAAGACGUCAUAUAAUGUCCUAGGGCAAUUUGUUGGCGCGGCGGGGGGCGGGCGGUGGGGGUGUUGGUGCUGUUGACAUUCCGGGAUGGGAGGGUGUAGUGCAAAAUAGAGAGUCUCCAGAUUUUAGAUCUCCGGAGAUUGGCAGGUGUGAAAUUGAGAAACCGAAAAUUAGAACUACAAUACAUAAGUUUGCAAUGAUAACUUUUUAUGUCCUAGUUUCAGCCAGGUUAAGUGAAAAAUAGCAGUCAAAAACUUUGUUUUCGUGAAAGAAAAUCAGUUUACCAGUUCGGCAGUAUGCCAGUUUUGGAAGAAGCGAAAACAAUAGUCUACGUCACCAACCAUAACAUGAUCACCAUGGCGAUGGUCAUUUUCAAAACAUACAAAAUGGCGGACAAGGGAGAGGAAAGAGUAUUGACCGAAAUUCUCGUUUAUUCUUGUUUCAUCGAGCUUUUUAAUUUGUCUUCCCCUUACUAUGAAUUGGGAAGUACCUUGAGGACAAGGAGUAACCAUUCUUGCGCUAUAGUUCUUCGCCUAUUGCGCGCUUUGUAGGCACUUCGUACUCACUGCGUAUGUAAUCAGUACAUCGAAAAUAGGUAAGCACGCAACAAGUUUGUGCCUAUUUCUUUCAUUAAUUUUUUAUAUUAUAAGAAAAAAGAAUGCUUUGGAAACAACUAAAAAAGUGAGUUGUUCUAUAAUUUAUUUCCUUAUGUUUGCAAAGAGUAAGUUUUACUAUAAUUUUUCCCGUUGCUUCUGUUUCUCUCUCGGGGAAGAGCGACUGGCCAGAGAAGACGGCUGUAAUUCAGGUUAUUGUUUUGGUGCAAGCGAGUCAUUUGUGAGUAAAAUAUCUGUUUUUUUCGAAUAUGAUGUUCUGUUGGUGUAUGUCCUGAAGCGGUUCCGUCCAGGUAUACAACAGGUUUACAAGGGAUUUCUGAGGGUAUUGUGUUCGCGUUUUCUUCUUGAAAACCGACAAAGUGAAAAUCUUGCUUAUCAUCCCUGAUCAUUUUUUCUUUGUCCCGCUUCCAAAAAACCUACUGCUUUCAAUUAUUCCACUGUCUGAAGUUCACUGAUUAUUUGCUCAAGCUUAACAAAUGCAAGAGACUCUUUAGAAUUUAAUAUACAUAUUGGAAAACUAAGAAUGCCUGUUACAUGUUUUUGGAUAUAUUGAUUGAAAUGGGAUACUUUAGUCUUGUAGUCCACCGGAUUUGACCAGAGGUCAGAGAUCAACAGGGUUAUGGGUUGUUAUAGAAUACCCUCUUAUAUGGGAUUUGAUGUAUAUCCGAAUAAUACUAAAUUAUUGUUUUUAACUCUGGGGUUGCCUUCAAGCCAAAGGCAUUGUAACUUUGAGGAGCACUUUUCUCCAAGUCUUCUCUGUGGGGACCCUCGAACAAUUCUAUUAGCCAAGGUUUGGCCCAAAAUAAUAAUGAUUGCUGCACUUGGCAUGGACACAACAUAACCCUAACCCCAACCUAAACCCUAAUCAGUAAAAAGAAUGCUCAACUGUAAUCUGUAAAAUCUGCAGUUUUUACUUGUUUUUACUUUAUUUUUGCUGAUGGUCUGCGUGACUUGCAUAGCUCCCUUGCUCGUAGUUUAUGUCAGGACCAGAAAUAAAAUGUUUAUUUACAAAAAACAAAAUGUAACAAUAAAAUUAAUAAUUUUUAUAAUUGUAUCUUUACUAUGAUGUGUGAGCUUUGUUUUCUUGAAAGUGCUGUUCAAUAGAAACAUGGAGAACUAUGAAAAAGAACUUUGGAAAACUUAUGAUUAAGUGCUGUUUAGGGUUAAACACUUAUUUACCAUGGUUAGCUUUUAGUUAAUUCUUUCGGUAUUACUGUUUUCGAUUUUUAUGUAUUCUUUUCAAUGAGUCGUAUCUGACCUGCAUGACUCGCUGCCACGGCUCGCUGGCUCGCAUAUUAUACACACUCUUAUAUCUCAAAAUCUUGUUUUUUAACACCUUCUUGGACAUGAAAACCAAAAACCAAAGCUUAAUUGAUAUAAUGAAGACAGUAGCAGCUGACAUAGGUUUUCAAUAUGUCUCUCAUGUAUUAUUUAUUAGGGAGGGAUACAUUAAUAUAAAUGCUUUUUCAUCGAGAGAAUCUCAAUAAUUUAGGAUUUAUUCAAAUACAAACAUAUUCAAUAUUAUGACAUAAAAUGUGGGCUUAUUGCUCAUGCAAAGGUAUUGAUGGGGGAGAGUGUGGCAUUUUUCCUGUUUCAGAUUGACCUUUGCACAGCACAGGGACUGAACAUAUUAUGUAUUUGGCAUUUGUAAAGGAUAAACAAUAUUUGACGCAAGGGAUUGAACAUUAUGUGGAGAAAAUCUUCACAAGUCUCCACUUCCAUGACUCCUUCCUCAUCUAUCUCCUUUAAAGCCCCUUGAAUAAGGGCCACAGUCUCUUCUAUGGUUGAAUGGUCAUUGAGUGUCAGCUUCCACUCACAAGGUGUAUAAGCCCCCCAUCCAACCUGUUUCCCUCUUACCCAUUUUUGAGAGGGAGGAGGGGCUUUUGUGGUGGUAGGUAAGCCUGUGACCACACUACAAAGAAACAAAAACACAUGUUUGAUUUUACUGAGGAAGGGUUGAAUUUGGACAUUAAAUUUUUUAUUACAGAGUAACAUGAGACGAAUCUAAAGCAACAUUUUGCCCUCAGAGCACAAAUAUGUCGUUCUGAAGAUAUUUAACAUUUGUCUUCCUCGUUUCUGUUCCCAGCUUUUUGGCACAAACGCGACAACAUGUUUGUAAUAUGUCCAGAUGUUUGUCUACAUUUUGGACGGACAUCCUCAUCAAAAUAUAAGAAAUCAAUUUAAGAACCUACUCACACUGAUUUAAAACUCAUUCCACACACAUGAUCUGGAUCAAUAAAGUGAUUUCUAGAUCAGAGUCGCAUACACUGCCGGUGAACACAACCAAAGACAGACUUGAUCGCUUAUAACUAAAAAUACAUAGACAGACUAAGGCAUAACCAUCAAUAUAGUAACCCUUCCUGUCCGUUGGCAAUUUUCAAUGUGUGGUUACCAUUUUUACUAGGUUGUUACCAUCGAUGAAACUUUGCCUGAACACACCUUACACGUUGUAGUUUUGAGGAAAAUUAGUCUUGAUUUCGUAAAAAUUCGGCAAGAUACUGAAAACUAAACAUAAAGACAUGUACUUACAUUCGAUGCCCGUCAAGAUGGCGGCGACGUCUUCGAACGCUGUUCGAUAACUGUCGAUUUUAACUACCGUAAUGCGGCACGAAACUGCUCUUGACAUUCAAAAAGCAAGGAAAAGGCUUCUUCAUCAGCGCUGCUAGCUCAGAAGUCCCAGAUAUUGAACGAGUGAACCUGGAACAGGCUUUAAAAAAAGCUCCCUUGUUUGUGGCGAUUAUUUUUUCCCAUUUUUGCGUAUUUUUAGCAGAACAAUGGAAUCAUGACGUCAUCGCUUCUUCCAAAACUGGCAUACUCCCGAACUGUUUACCUGACGCUCAAAUUAGCCAUAUUACGCAAGUUACUAUCACCUUACCUUUUUUGAAUCUAAUCAACUAAUUGUUUCAGUGAACUGUACCUUGUUUAUCCAUAAAAGCAAAUUCAAUAACUACAAAAUAGUCAAAAACACGAGUAGCAUAAAGCAGAACAACUGCACCACAAGCUGUACACAGAAUGAAGCCGAGCGCGCGGAAGACUUUGAUUGGAAAAUGUGACUGAAAAAGUGACCGGAAAUGCUCAACCUGGCGCAUGCGUAGACGUUUUGCCGCGGUGUUCUUUGAAGGUGGUCCUGGAAAACGCUCUUGGAUUUGUGGGCUCCAUUUUCGCUGAAGAAAGCUCCCUUGCAAGAGCCAAACAUGUACGGUGAACAGUCGAGUUUGCGGGUAAACUUCUUCGUAUAAGAAGAUUGCGAAAACAAAGCGAUAGAUGCUGGCCUUUUGUUGGGCACAAAAUUACUUUUUUGCGUCAAAUAAUCCCAUGCAAACCUUCGAAUAAGUCGUGGAACUGGUUCGUUAAGAGUAGCAUUCCAGCGGCUCUCUAGCCUGUUCUUGAAAACUUUCGAGGAUGCUUCUACCAGAAAAAAUAAUCUUUACAAGUGCCCACGAACAUAUUUCACAUAAUUCAUGUUGAGUUGUUUGGGAAUUUUCCUAAUGUAGCUGUUGUUCACAUGGGCUUUCAUAGCAAAGAAAGACAACCUAAACAACAGAACAAAUCUUCAUGUUAAAGUAAGCGCAGGCGCCUAAUACCUACUAAAAUGUACAUGUUCGUUUGAGUUAUCGAACGGACUCUUAAAAACAUCGAUCGUAAGAAGGCAGUCAAUUGUUUGUGACUUGUUCACAAUAUAAUCUCGAUAAUUAAAGAAAGCUUCUGGCGCAUCCCUAAAUUAUUAAAUCCUGCCGUUCCGCAUUUGGUUUUGAUCUAAUUCCUCCUCACUUUAAGUAGAUCCUUUCUUGAAAGUGGUAUAAUUCUAAUUGUCCUCGAUACUUACGGUCGGUCCAUUUAUAUGGCUUGCAGUCUGUCCCAAUAUGGCAACCCUGAAUGAGACAUCAGGAGUUCUUACCAGUCCUUACUAUCCAAGGCGUUACCCUCCUAACGAGAAUUGCAGCUGGAAAAUUACAGCAAGUAAAGGAGAACACAUUGUGUUGGUCAUUGAAGACCUCAAUAUUAAGUCCUGUGGUUCAUCUUGCACGUGUGACUACCUGGAAAUACAAAAUGGCUCAUCAACUGCUGGCAUUUCAGGCAGGCGAAGAUGUAGAUACUAUCAAGACCAUGGGAUAGUAUACCAUUCGGCAAAAGAUGCCCUGAGGUUGACGUUUGUUUCUGAUAGUGAUACUUACCGGGGGUACCGUGGAUUUAGGGCAAUUUACAUGAAAGCGAAAUAUAAUGCAACAACCACCGGUAAGUUAUUAGAAAUCGGCUUUAAACGCAAAGUUAAAGGUUUUUGUGCAGGCGAUUAGGUGAUCAAUUUUCAAGCAAGUUAUACAAAAUAUUAUUGCCUUAAUUAUAACAGGCUUGUAGCAACUGUCAACGACAACAUUCAACAUUCAAAUACGGAGUAAAACACCCCAAACUAAAAUACCGAUGGAAUGCCAACAAUUUUCAUUCGCAUGAUGUUAAAAGUGUUUGGUGGAAAAUCUCCUAUUUUUUUAUGCUUAUCUAUCUUUAUAUUGAGUUUUUUGUUGUUGUUGUUUUUGGUUCACGGACAGAUUACCCUUUGAUUUUGUAUUAUAAAGCUAGUUUAUUUCCUCUUGUUGCAGCUUGUACAUCUGGCGAAUAUCUUAAUGGAUUAAGUGGAUUCUUUUCAACUCCAAAUUUUCCGAGUGACUAUCCUCAAUACAGCAUAUGUAUCUGGAAUAUCACAGUUCCCAGCGGGUACAUCAUUAAACUCAGCUUCGUCGACUUUCAAUUAGAGCCGCAUCAGUACAUCCCUUGCUAUUAUAAUGCUCAAAAUGUCCGUGUUACAGUCACAAAUGUUGCUUCAGAUGGCCGUUAUCAACCGUUCAUGCUGUGCGGUCAGGAACUUCCUUAUCCAGUGUACUCAGUGGGGAAUUCAAUGCAAGUUAUAUUCACGUCUCUGCGCAGUCAAUACUCAGGGUUUAAUGCAACUUACACGGCUAUCACUUAUAGUUCAGGUAGGUGGCAUAUAUUAUAUAUCAGACAUCAAUGA